AGUUUGCGGAAGUCAGGACCGUUUACCGCUGGUUACCUUGUUUUGAAAUCCACCGAGUGAACCGACCGUGCGGACGGUAUUAUUUAUGUUACAUUAAAAAGACGAGUACACUAUCCUUUUGGGGUGUGGUUAUGCAAAAAUAAACGUAUUACAGAGUAAGAAUCGGUAACUGUUUGGACGUGUGGGUCGUAUUUUAGUUGAAGGAGUGACAUAACACGUUAAUUUUUGAUACAACGAGAUUUAACGCCUACUACAGCGAAUUGAUGAAACCGUUGGAUUCAGACGAGGAGGAAGAGGAGAGGAUAGGUCCUUAUCACAAGGAACUGAGGCGUAAGUUAAAGUUUUUAUUUACCUCUCUUAAUACGCUAAUGGCUAACCAAAAAGCCCAGCGUAAAAAGGUAAAGGGGUCACCGUUUAUUGGAUUAUAGUUGUCUGUCUUGUACAACGUUGUCCUGUGUGUUGUCCUCCAGUCACAGCUGUGGAGUUUUGAUAUCUAAAAUGUACCAAGUGGAGGCUUCAAUUCAAGGAAAUGUCACUCCCACCUGUUGCUCCUCAAGCAAACUCAACCAAAACGCCACUCUAUAACCACAAAUAAUGCUCAGAACAGUACCUAACUUCAUCAACAGUACAUACAGGGUCCCAGCCAUAGCACUAGCCACCAAACAUCUUUUUAACUUUGAAUAAUUUCUUUAGCAAAGCGACUAAACACAACUUACCCACUGUCCUCCAGCAGCCGUUUGUUUAGUCCAUUGACUACAGCGGGGUGACGCAGCUCAAGGAAGAACAUUUAUGAUCGGUACUUUAUAAUUUCCUUGAAGUAAUAAUCAUCAUAUUAAGAGUUUUGCACUGCAGACGCGGUAGUUCUUCUGCCUUAGCGUCUCAGUCUGAUUGCAUUUCCAUGAAGAAAUGAUCAUAAAUGUUCUACCUUGAGCUGCUUCACCCGGAGGUUGCCCUAGAAACAAGUGACUGCUUGAAAAUAGUGGGUGAGUUGUGUUUAGUCUCUUUGCUAAAGAAAUUUGGCAAAGUUAAAAAGAUGUUUGGUGGCUAGUGCUGUGGCUGGGACCCUAUAUGUACUGUUGAUGAAGUUAGGUGCUGUUCUGAGCAUUAUUUGUGGUUAUAGAGUGGCUUUUUGGUUGAGCGGGGGCCUCUCUGUAUUGCUAUCUGCGGUCGUUACUAGGAAAACAUUUGCAAUAAUAUACUGUAUGACCUUGUAUGACAUAUUGGUUUCAGAGAGGGCCAAUCAGAGCAUACAGCAGCUGAGCAGCACUCUGAAUGAGCUGGGGCCUGAUGGAGAAGAGGUGGUGGAGCCCAGAGGCAGUGAUGUUACACUCUUCAGCGCCAUGUCUGAAGAGGAGAAGGCUGCAUGGAGCCAAAAGACUCAGAGUGAAGCAGGUAACUGUGCUGUUUGUCUGAAAAAAGAGAUUGUAAUGAAACACUUGGAGAUUUCCCCACUCAUUAUCUUGGGGAUAAAUAAAACACAAAGUUGUUAAGAAAACACUCAUUAUGUGUCUUUGUGUGUCUCUAUGUUUGUGUCCUUUUGUAUUGUAGUCAACCAGCUGAAGAGCCUUCUGUUGAAGCAGAGCAAAGAUAUCCCUACUUCUCUCUCACCUUUAAAGAAACAGUCGCCCUCUAAGGUAAAGCUUGUAGCUAACAGUGUUUUUUUUUUUCCUUGGUCAAACAUGUUUAACUGAGUAGACCACUCCCUGACAAUAUCAAUUGAUUAAUAUUAACAAUAGUAUCAGUAUUUACUUGAUAUUCUUUUGUUUUUUCCACAUUUUAUUAAACACUCUGUUUUCCUCUGUUAGAGGCUUCAGCAUGAAGGCAGGUCUAGUUCGCCUGCUUUUCAUGAUCUGGUCCCAAUGAUUCACAACCAGUCAGAGUACAUCCAGCAUCUGGAAGCUGAGGUCAAAUUCUGCAAGGUAUGUAAGCAGAUGAAUAUGUAAGUGUCUAUAUUUGAGUUAUUUGGCUAUUGCUGAUAAUUUAUUGAUAAUCCCUACAAUGUACCUGAUUUUAGGAAGAGCUGCAGGGAUUGAAACAGCGGAUCAGAGUGGUGGUGGUGGAGAAUGAGAAGCUGCAUUCAGAGCUGAGAUGCCAGGCUGUGGAUGAUUCCCUGAGAGACUAUACUAUUAGAAAUGCAACGGUAAUGGGUGUGCAUGUGCAAAACUCAAGGUCUAAGCUUUUGUUUCUUGGAUUAUAUAAAGCAUAUGCAUCAUAGAACCUGGAUGAUCUUUGCAAAACAAUGAUGAUUUUCCCUGAUGUGUUCCACAGGUGAAUGAGAGUUUGGCUGCCAGCAACUACAUAGCCUCCAAAUCAAACCAUGAUGAGCUGAAAGGCGCGGAACACGCCACUUGGAAAAAUGAGCUGGUGGGAAUGAUGGAUUAUUUUCUUGUCUCUCUUUAAGUUACUGUUCUUUGAUUCCUCUCCAUCUGCAACCCACAUAUUUCACAGCAGUCAUGAAAUUUCUACAGUACCAUAGAUUUUUUCCUUUGGCUUUCUCAGCAAAAGGGCCAAGCUGGCUGGGAUCCCCUGUGACAAAUACACUAACUAUUGACUGGUACAUCAUAAAAUCCCACCACAAAAAAAACAAAAUUCCCUUCAAAGAAUCAAGUUCACCAGAGGAGCGUAAACAUGUACAAAGACAUACAGAUACUUAAAAAAUGUGAUAAAACUCCAAAUCAGUCAUCCAAAUUUCAUCUACUGAUUAAGUGUUUUUCAGUGGUGCACAUAUAUUCUGAUCUGAAAAUGUCUUUAUUCACCAGGAACAACUGAAAACAAUCCACAAGGCUCAGAUUGAAAGCUUGGAGGCUCAGGUUAUCGCCCUCAGGUCUGUGUUUACUGUAACUGUAAACUAAGGGUAGCCACUCACUUUUCCUCUACAUUCAUUUGCAUUCCUCUCUUGAGCCGUUAUUUUGUCUCUGUUUCCUCAUUUUCAUCUUUUGCAUCCAUCCUCAGGAAGGAGCGUUCGGUCAGCCAGAAAGAGUGUGAGGAGCUGAGGGUCUGUCUGAAACACAAGGAGAAACAGGCUGCAGAUAAACAGAGGUCUGAUGGGGCUCCACGUGUGGCAGGAUUGUGUCUGAAGUGUGCACAGCAGGAGGCUGUAUUGGCUGGGACUCACACGAAUCUGCAUGUCCAGGCUAUUGACAGACUCACAAAGUCAGUGGUUACACACACACACACACACACACACACAAGCCCCCACACAUAAAUACACUGUUUGCUGAUAAUAAUAGUUUCCUCAGUGCAACAUAUUAUUAUAUUAUUAAUAUUGUAACAGUCAGUAACAGAAUUUACAUAUCUGUUCCCACUUUUCAGAUAUUUUGUUUUUUAUAUCUGAUUAUAUCGAUUGAAAAAGGAUUUGUUCCUUUUUUUAACUCUUGCAUUUCUUGUUUGUCAAACUUUAAGGGAGCGUGAUGAGUUGCUGGUGGCCCUACGCGCCCUGCGAGCCAGUCAGCAGGAAGCUCAACAGAGAGAGUGGUCAGCCUGUCUCCAGGUCAAACAGGCUGUUGAGAUGGCAGAGGAAGCAAAUCUGUUCAAAGCCAGGGUCUGAGAAACACACUCCUUCUCCUUCCUUCUGUGUUUACUAAACUGAUCUUUUCAUAUGUAAAAUUGUGUUAAUUUUGUAGAAGAUUUGCUCCAAAAUUGUGUUUCCUCCUUCUACCAUGGCCUGUUACAUCCAGCCAACCUGUUACAAAUGUUUGUUUGCCUGCAGGUGGAGGUGCAAUGUGAGCAGCUGUCCAGGGAGCUCGUUCAGCAGAGGGAACUUCGAGCACAAGAAGCACAGGCUUUGCAGAAGAGACUGGCUGAGGCCAGAGAGGAGGGUCGGGCUGAGGCUCGCAAACAGAAAGAGGAGCUGGCACUUACAGUAAUUGGACUCUUUCUCUCACUGUGUCAAGUGAACGACUGCACAUGUAUUAAGUUACAUCUCACGUGCUUUACUGUUGGUUGAGUCAUAUCAGAAAGCAGUACUGAUGCUGUUUAGUAGAUGAUUAAUAUUAAUGUUAUAUUUGAUAACAUGAAAUGAUUUCAAAGAAUACACAACAUUUUUGCAAUAUUUGAACAUUAUAGUUGUUCAACAAAACUGUGUUUGUAUUUAGGUGUCCAGCCUCUCCGAGCAAGUUGCUGAGCUGGAGGGGCAGCUAAACAGAGCUCAAAGAGACAGGAGCUCACUGACCAAUCAGCUGGAAGAUACUCUUCAUAAACUGACUACUCAAGAACAAGACAAUACUAAGGUACACUGUAUUUUUACUCACCGUUGGUGUUUAUGUUGCCCAGAGUUGGCUGUAGGCAGUUUGAAUCACUGUCUUUUGAUAUAGAUGGUAAGUGAGGCUGUGUUAAGGUCAGACAGAAACAGCCUGUAAACAGUAUAAAACCUGUAACAGCCUGUAUGAAGGUCUGAAGGAAACAAUCACAUAUGUUAUCCCUUAAAGAUGGAAAUGUUUGCUGAUAGAGCAACAACUGAAACUUGAAAAAAGGAGGUUGAACACUCAGAACAAUCAGCUGAAGCUUGUGUUGUCCACUUGUAAUGCUUUUGUCGAGCCACUGGAUGGCAGCAAAGGUUAAUCAAUUUUAGAGCUGAAACAGUUCGAUGGAAGUCACCGUCUGCGCGCAAAUUAUUGAAAGCGAAGGUGGAUAACCGAGCUGCAUGUGAAGAUGCUCAGUUCAGUUUUAAAUCUGUGGGUAUGUGUAUAAAAGUGUUAAAGGUUGCACAGCAGAGACAACAUUAUCAUUUGGCCUGUAAAGGUUUGUAUAACAAGAUGAAAUGCCCUGAGCUCACAAUAUUAAUACUAUCCAGUUUCUACAGUCAACACUUACCUGUGAUUGUGCAGCACAGUUGAACAAUAUGAUGACCAAAUGUUUUCAUUUUAAUGCAACAAUUUUUUGUUACCUUGUAUUAUUACAUUGCAGUAAUAAUGAUAAUAAUUAAAAAAGCCAGUAGAUUUACAGUUUUAAACAUAAAUAAAUGGCUGUAAAUAAUCAUAUCAUUAGUAAUGUGAUUUAUUUGUUUUUAUGAGGGCUUUCAGGAGGUUUAUAAAACUCACAUGUCAUGGUAAAGGGUUUAACACAUAGCACAGACUGUUUAUUUAAAUGAAAGACGAACUUAGACUAAGGUGAUGAAAAAUGAAAAUAAAAAAACGGCAAAUGAUUAAAAACCAGACACAAGUUAAAAUUUGUUCAUGAAAGGAGUAACCCGUUUUAAACAUAGCCUGUUCAUCAUCUCUAGGUGUGUGUGGAUCUGCGUUACCAGCUCAGCCAGGCCCAGUUGAAGAAAGAGGAGGCAGAGAGAGAGCUCAGAGAGCUCAACGCCAAGACCAGCAGACAAAUGGAAAAGGCCGCACAGGUACACGAGCUUUGUAUCUAUUGAUAGGUGUAGAGUUUUUUUUUAAAUUAAACCAGUAUGAUCAAUUCUGUCAUUGUUUCUUAUUAGAAAGCCAGUGAUCUCUAAGUCUUCACAAUAAUUUAAUCAACUGCCACUUAGGGAAGCUAUGCCAAGGUGUUGCCAAGAAAUCCUCUGAUAUUUUUUCCACGUUUUCGAAUUUACAAUUAACAAUUUUAACAAAGCUGUAGUAUUUGGGUAGAGAUGAGUUUAUGCUGAAUUCUGUGCAGUUAGGAGAGACAAUAGUUCCUUGUAUUGACUGUUUUGUUCAGAAUCUAAUAGUUUCGAAAUGAGGGUGAACAUAUGAUGUCCUUGUACAACUCUGGUGGUCAUGUGAGGUUUCAGUAGGUCUACAACAUGUUUGUCUGAGGGCAUAAGGUGGUUUGUUGUGAAAGAUUUCCUCACCUCCUCUUCCUCCUCUCUGGCCAUCUCUGCGGGACAGGAAGUGGAAAGGCUGAGCUCAGAGCUGGUUGGCUGCCGGCAGCAUCUGGAAGCGGUCCAAAAGGAUGGGAGCCAAUGGCAGGCCGAAGCCCUGAGCCUAGCAGAACAGCUGGCAAAUGCCCAGCGCCAACUGCACCUCACCAGGUAGUACCUAAUCCUAUUAUACAUGCCACCACACUCACAUGCACACGCAUAUACACAUACACAUACAAACACACACACACACACGCAGAGCACUUCCCUCUGGCCAGCUCCUGCCCAGCUCAGCCCAGCCCGGCCCAGUCCAGUUCAGACCAGCACACCAACUGUACCACACCAGGUAACAGCUAAUCCUAUUAUACAAACCACACACACAUAAACACACAUAAACACUCAUAUGUGCCGCUGUGCCAUGGUCCCAGUACCAACUGGACCUCACCAGGUCACCUCUAAUCCUGUUAAGCAUGCCACAACAUAAUGCAACACACAGAACACAAACACACACACGUCCAUGCACACACUUGCACACAGAAACACAGUGCCGGGUCUGUGCCACCAGGCCAGUGCCCAGCCCAGCAACAGCUCCAGCAGAGCCAAAAUGGCGCCUGAGCCUUUCUUCUGUCCCUGGCGUGCACACGUACAUACACAGACAUACAGACACACACACACAUAGGAAAAAGUGUGGCCGGUGGUCACUGGACAGCCUGGUCUUAGAGCCACCUGCCGCUGCCCUGCGCCCGUUCUCACGACAGGCACUACCGGCCCCACCCCCCCCACCCUCACCUCCUUAAAAAAACAGAAAUCUAUUUCUGCAUCUUUCUGCGCCAUUUUUUCCUUUGGUUCCCUUCAUCACUUCUUCUGUUACUCUUCUGUCCACUGAUCACCACCAUCAGUUCAUUCCACUCCCUCCAUUUACCUGGCGCUCUCACUUUAAGCUUUUAUCCAUCCAUCCUUUAUACUUCUUCCUUUUCUUUCCCUUCGCCUCUUGAAAUUCUUCCCCUCUUUAUUCCGUCCCUCUCUCCCUUCUGUCAUAUGCUGGCUGCAGGUCCCUCUAACACCAGCUUCUGCCAGGGUCGUGCCAGCCCAUGCCAGCCGCCCAGGGCACUGUCUCACCCCUGCUGCCCACAACCGAGGUGUUUAAGAUGGGCACAGAUGUGGCAGUGGUGCCCUGUGGUGCUAGAGGCUGCGGGAUACAAGUUUGUGUAAUCUGUGUGUGUGUGUCCACUGCAGCCCCUGGCUUGAUCUGUAUUUGAGUGUGUUUGUCUGUCGACUGGCCAGCGCUAACACACAGUCUGCAUGGCUUUCGUGUGUUUAAAGGCUGUGUUGGUGUCCGUUUUUGAGUGUGUGUGUCUGCAGUGUGUUUGCAGCCAGCUGUGGAGAAUGACAUGCAUAUUAAUAUGGCAACAUGAUGACUUUGACCUGUACUGGAGGAGCCGCUGGACUAAACCAUUUAACUGCCAUGUGUGCGGGUGUAUGUGGAUGAGAGAGUUUAUAGUUUUAUCUCUCUGCAGAUGCAUACUGGGUGUUUGACAGCUGUUGACUUGGCUGAGCAUGUAGCCAUUCAAAUUCAAUUUUUGGUCAUUAGUAGUAAAAGCCACUUUUGACACUGACAUCAUUUCAAUAUUUUUUUUUCCUCCUCCAGUGGUGCCUUUGAUGAAUGAUCACACUCGGUAUGAAAUGACCAAAUUUAAUGUCCAGCUUUAUAGAGCUUUUAAAAGGCAUUGUAUUUACACAAAUAGGAGGAAACAGGAAUAACCAACAUUCAAAUUCUGCUGCGACAAAUUAGAAACAAAUGUGCUCAUGAUGUUGAAAACCAAAUACAGCACAGGAACAGUUGGAAAAGACUGUGUCUGUGUCUCUGGAAGAGCACAAAAUAUUGUCACAGGAUAAGUUAUAGGAAUAAUCAAUGAAUUAACCUUGUAGAACCAGAAAGUGUUUUUAGAUUAUAAUGUACAAAGACCUGAUGUACAGAAUUGUCCUAAAUUUAGCCACUGAGCGACAGAGGAGCGCAGAUCUGCCUGAGUAUCUUGGUUCCAGUUCUCAUUGUUUAAAAUGAUCUAUCCAGCGGGUCAUUUCAACUUAAAGUAGUGAUUUUUGAAGUCUACUAAAUCUUUAAACUGAUCCAUGCCUGACUUAGUGAAGUUUGAGUGAUAGAUGUAGGAGGAUGUCUUAUCAAACAGAGAAGUGAGGCAUCUUUUUUUAGUGUCUUGAAAACGAAACUCAGAUGCCCUCAUACGCACAUCCACAUGUCAUAAAAACACCUGCUACUUUAACUCUUUACUUUUUGAUUUUUUUUUUUUUUUCCCCACUCGUCAUGUUCUCGAUUUCUUUUUUUCUCAUGCUGCUCCAAACCAAACAAUUAAAACAUCGUAAAUGUCUCCCUCCUCUCCUCUUCUCUCCCUCUCUAUCUCUCUCUCUCUGUCUCUCUCUUUGUCUAUCUCUUGCCCUUUUGGGGUUAUGCAGAACAUGUAGUUCAUUCAUAGUCAUGCCUCUGUUUGCCCUCUCUUGUUCUUCACUACAGAGCUGUGCGUCCUCUUUGUAGCUGCUGUGUGCUGCUCUGUGUUACUGUGUUUGUGUGUGCUGUCAGAGUGUUGGUAGCAAGGCUGGAAGGCGUUUUUAUGACCAGCCUUGGAAGGCAGCUCUUUGAUUCUCUUGCUGCAACUUGCUCAGUCUCCUCUUUCAUUCUGUCCUCCUCCCGUGGCCCAAAUGAUCACAGCCCACCUUCAAAAAGGGGACAUGAAGCACAAACAGCCUCUGCUUGAUUUCGGAUGGCCCCUACCUUCCUUCUGUUUAGUGCACACACACACACAAACAUAUACACACACACACACACACACACACACACACUUGUUUGUACAACUGCAUGCCUGCAAAUGUGCAGACUGAUACUCACAUCAGUCCAAUCCACAUGCCUGUACACAAACACAAACACACACACGCUCACACACAGAUGCAUGCACGCAUCCGGGGGUCCCAUGGCGGCUGGUGCGCUGCGCUGCGCUCCAGGAUUGGAUCAUCAGCCAGCUGUGAGUUGGACAGCCCAGGAUCUGUCCUAAUCCCCACCACUCUGUUCACAUCGUCUCACACACACACAUGCACACACUCCAGUCCCGGCCCCAGCCCAGCAGAGGGCUUAACCAAGUUUGUUUUGUUUGUUUGCUCCUGCCUUUCUUCACUUUCUUUCUUUUCUUCUUUUCUUGUCUCCAUCCGGCCCCUUCUCUCCCUGCGUUGUGAUCACAGAUCCCAAAGGCCACAGAGAAAACUGCCCAGCAUAACUUCUGUCUCAACACAUGCCAGAUAGGAGUGAAUGGGUAGAUGUGUGUUUGCAUGCGUUAUUGUUUCUGUGGGUUGCCUGAGACCUGUGCGGCGCCUGCUUUGCAGUUUGGACAAACUGAUUGUCUGCGGAGCCCGAAAUCUUCCUCCAGUUUUGUUAUCCCUAUGAAAUCAGGCAUCCAUGUUUAUGAGGGUGCUUGCUUAAAGCUCCAGAUAGAUGUGAACUGAAACUUUUUUCUUCUAAAAAGUUUAGUUGAUGUCCUUCGAUUACCUAAAAGUUGAGACUAUGGAUUCCUGGGCCAGGAUAUCUCUGAACAUGAACACUUUUAAUCAGGGUACCUCUGAAUAAAGAAUUUCCUAUUUGUUGAUUAUAGUUUAAGCCGAUGUUCAACUCACCAGUUGACCCCAUGUUCAUCAUGUAUAUGUGUUAUACAAGAGAAACAGCAAGGAGACACUCUGUGUGUUUACAUGCACACCUUAAUCGGACUAAGCUUAUAAUUCGUUUUUUGUCAAAUCGGACUUCUCUCCUUGUCCGCGUAAUCGGAGUAAGGUUUCCUCGAGUGUCAUGUAAACGUACUGAGCGUGAUAUUCGAACACAGUUGAGCAUUGUUCUGUCUUUGUGUUUGGCAGACAGCUUGUUUCUUUUGGCUAUGCAAAGGUUUAGCCUAGUUCAUAGCGACUAAAUAGCUAACUAACUAAAAGGGCAUAAUAGUAGUGUAACUUAAUUACUCAGCCUCUUUUGGACCCCCUUCUAGCAAACCUGAUAACACUAUAUUUGGCUCCAGAACUAAUCACAUGCAAUAUUGGUGAACGUUGCCCGACCAUACACAUGCAUGCCUGGACUUGAAACAGGAAGUGGCAGCAGAGCUCAAUUUGAGUCGAGCUGUAGACAAUGCCAUAAGCUGAAAAAAAAGGUCUCUUGGUUUGGGUUUGACCAGGAUACUGCCCAAACAAGUCCAGGCAGUGGUCUAGAGCUGUUUACAGUCAGUGGGUCAGUAUCAGGUAGAUAUUUGAAGGGGCCGUGAAUAAUAAAGAGAAAAAUGUACCCACUAAUGUCUGUUGUAUUGAAAGAGUUAAACAAUUUAAAAAGGCAGAUAGAGAAACAAAGCAAGGGAGAUAUUUUUCUCGUGUUUUUAGGCCACGUUCUCCUUUCUUUGACCCUGAAAUCAGACGGUGGAUGCUGAGAUGCUGUGAGGUAAAAAGCUCUAGACCAACCGCUGUGACUCUUAAACACCAAGUUCCCCAAACUCUAUUAAACAUGUCACACUGCUGCCCCCAUCUCUGUCGUUCUACUUAGUCCUCCGCCUUUUUUUUUUUAAUCUCCCUGCAGUUAUACAUCGUGAUAGCAAGGUCUGGGAAGGCGGUGAACGUAACUCUGUUUGUGUAUGUGAGGGCGGAGAAGUGUAAAUGAGGAAGGUGAGGCAGCAGAUGCCGCGUCCCGCCAGAGGCUCACUUUGAGCAGGGAGUGAAAUCUGGGCGCGACAAAACUGCUGCAAACCAACUCGGCGGGAGGCCCUUGUCCAAUCACGGCCCAGAAUAAAAGGGCCGGGGCACCACGCGGGCUGAAGUCGCUCAGGAGAGGCGGGGGCCGUAAUGAACCUUCAAGCUCUGCCAGCGAGCGCACACACACACUUCAGCACAGCAUCUUUCUUUCUACCUGGCGUUAACAGUGUCACAACUGUCACUACACACAUGCUUGCGCGGAACCUCAAAAGCAACUGUGUGUGUCUGUGUGUGUGUGUGAACACAUGCAUGAAGUGGUCUUGAAUCGUGAUGUUUGUGUGUGUGCAAUCAGACGAGUCUGCGUGCAUGCCUUUGUGUUAAAUGUUGAUACCUUUGGGCUACACCUGUGUCUGUGAAGUUUGAUGUGUGUGUCUCUGUGUGACAGCAGCGGGGCAGUGCCAGGUAUGUGGCUUGCUGUGUGUUUUUGUGUCUUUGCAUGUGUGUCUGCGUGUGUGUGUGCUUGUCUGGUCGGCAGCCAUGUUGUUGGGUAGCAGAUGGCACCAUGGUUGGCAGGGGAGGGGCUGCUUAGCACAACUAAUCAGACAGUUACGGAUAGGGCAGCUGGGAGGGCCGUUGGCCAGCCGUGUGUGUUUGUGUGUAUGUAUGUGUGUGUGUGUGUGUACCACAGAGUGCCAUGAUGUUGACAGUGGUGGGCCCGUUGGCCCGGUGACGAGACCUUGCCGCGUUCUUCUCUCCUCGCUGUCGGAGUGCCCUCUCUGCCAUCCUGCCUUCUCACCUCUUUCUCUCUUGCUCUCUCUUCCUCUCUCUCUCUCUCUCUUUCUCAAUCUGUUGAGACCGACCCCAACUUAUAUCUUUCUUUUAGUUUCUUUGACUCUCCUUCUCUCUUUGUCUUUCCAUCACACUGUCUUUCUUUCUCACUCUGCUGUAUCCCUGCUUCUGUGGACUCUAGUUUUGAGUUCAUCUGAGUUGACUCAGUUGCUGUAACACAGUGUGUUUUAUUAUUAAACCUGAUGGAGGCCUUUUGAGUCAAGUUUAGUGUCAUCAGUCCUUAAACUUUCAGAGUCAAUCCAGUCAAGUUUGUCUUGACUGGAUUGAUUUGAUACUUCGGAGAGAAUAACCGUGCUCUUUGGUGGUCUCUCUCCCUCUUUACCAAUCAGCUGAAUGUUACUGAUGGUGUGGAUUGGAUUUGUUGAUGUAAUGGGUAAAUCACAUGUACAAGGCAACUCAAGGAACAAGAAUAAGAAUAACUUUAUUGAUCCCUGAAAGGAAAUUCAGUAUUCAAAGGAAUAAAAAUCUAUUUCCAGGAUAUCUCAUAUCAAGAUGGGCUCUCUGUUUAGAGCACUUUCCCUCAGUUCUGGGCUUGUCAGACAAUCCCUCAAAGCACUAAUACCUAACAGUCCUUCUAUCUUAACCUUAAUCAUUUCCUGUUUUCUUCACACAAAAAACUUUGAAUAAAAUGCACAUGUUGGCAUUGAUAAAAAAGGUCAAGUGUAUAAGCAAGUAACUCCAUCUCUUUCUACACAAAUGCGUCUUUUGGUUUAAUAGAUUAUUUUCCAUAAUUUUUCCAUGUUUUUUGAGCUCUAAAAUCACUUUAAUCCUUUCAAAAUGUAUGUAGUGUAAUUCUGUAGUAGCUCAUACUAUAUUAGGGCUGGGUGAUAAACUGAAAAUUUACAGAUACUGAAAUUUAUGACUUCAUUUUGCCCAUGUCAAUGUAUUUGGAGUCAUAUAAAUAAAUAUAUAAAUAAACAAAUAAAAGUUGGCUUUGGAUGUGUGUGGGUAGGCUAUGAUCUCAUGUCCUACGUCAGAGACGUGACUCCACCCCAUCCAGUCUGUAACAAAGAGGGAAAGACAGGUGAGGAGAUGGAGGAUGGUUCAAAAGUUUUAGCAGCUGGAGUGACGGCUGAAGUAGAUAAAGUUAGUGUGGGAGGAGGUGAGCAGCUUGAGGAGUAGUUACUGUUCAUUUAUCGUUAUCGAGGUGAACUGCUCAAUAUAUCGUGAUGUUGAUUUGAGGCCGUAUCGCCCAGCCCUAUACUAUAUAGCUUACCUGGUUGACUUGAACAUAUAACACUGACACUCCUUUAUAUCAAUAUAUUUCCAUUCUAUGAAGACAAAUACUGAAUUGUGAGGGUCAGGAUUGGAUUUGCUUGACCUUUUCAUUCAACUAGACUAUUAAAUAGGCCUGAAUUAAGACUUAAACUCAUUUCCAGACUCCUUCAAGCAGAUAGAGUUCAAAAUUUUUUCAACUUUCUCUUUAGUUUCUUUUAUUUUUUAAGUACCACUAAUCCUUCUCUUAGACCGGAUGUUCGUCAUCUCUCAGCUUCUCCUUUCUGUCCAUCACAAGCACCUGAAUAAACUCUGAUAUAGCAUAAGUUGAGUGGUUUUCACUGAAACUAUCAUAAAGGAUUGAAUAUAUUCAACAGUGGAAAAUCAAGAAUGAGAAGUACUGGGAUUAUUAGGCAGAGUUGUACUCUGUCCAUCCUGAGGGCUGGGAAUGGGUAGAAUAGACAGAUCGCUGACUGGGAGACCUCGGGCAAGAUGGAGGCAAAUCUGUCGGCUACAACUGUUGCCACCCCAGCCAAGUGUGCCCUGGGACACUGGCCUACAUACACACACUACUCCUGCUGGAGGACAGAGAAUGAACGGGAGUGCACCAGACCUCUGCCAUCUAUCCACCCAUAACUCUCAAACUCUCCUACAACAUGCUUCUUCUGUCUUGCCUCUUUGUGUCCAUGUGAUGGAUUUAAGAACAUGCUAUAGGAGUUCUGAAAUGUUUAAAAAAACAAAAAACACAAACACCUGUCUGUGUUCAGACUGCAUCCUGUCUGUUCAGGGGGCUACACUGCUUGUUAUCUGGAGUUUUUGUAUGCGUAUGUGCGUGUCAGUUAGUCAUCUGGUCAACUUUUGUGCCCUCACAUAUCCCUGCUGUGAGGGUGGCACCAUCAGUGACUCUACACUGUGCCCACUGCCCGUCAGGCACAGCUUUCAUCCAACAUGACAGAACCUCUUUUUGCUUUUCCUCUACCUCCAUUUCUCUCUUUUCCCUGAUUGAUCUGUCCUUUUUUAUCUGGUUAUCCUCUUCAUUUUUUAUCCUUCAUAUAGCCUCUCUUUGUUCUCCCUUUUUUUUUUCCUCACUCUUGCCUUCAACCCAUCCUUUUUCUCUCUGUCGCCCUUUAUGGGCACAGCAGUACCAAACAGCGGCACAAAGGUAGCAUGGCAGUGCCCCCAUCAGCAGGUUGUUUCAGGAGGUGAUCACAGCGGCAGGAGCAAAAAAUAGCAAGGAGGAGAGUUUAGGUUAAGGAUGGCUUCAGAGUAGAGCGAUUAUGAAGCUACAGAAGGAGAAACACUCAAAGAAAGGAAAGCAGUGAUGAGUUUCAGGGUAAAUAAUACUUUAUAUUGAGGUUGUUGUUGAUAACAGCAUGAAAGAAAGUCUUUGAUGGCCGGAAUAUACGUGUUAUCUCACAUAACACGCCGCAAUGAUAAGAGCUGAAGUUGCUUUUUGUUGUGUAUUUGGCAUAAUGACAAUUUGACUUGCAGCUGUGUUUGAAACGGUGAAAAACGCUAAAGAUGUGACGCUAUUUUUAUGCAUAUGUAUGUGCUCCUCUCCUGAAAACAAAGCACUCUGUGAACCUGGUUGACAUCAGAGUCUGUCGAACAGUAGAUGUUAGAAAGGACACAAGAAGGUGAUGAAUGAGAAGAGGACAUUUCAAAGUUGUUGGUUGAAGUAGAGGAAGUUUAAAGCACAGAGAGAGAAGUUGGUCGAUUGCAUGCAGGAGGUAGAGUAGGGCAGAGGAGAAAAGCAGUGAGGCUGGCGAUAGUAUGUAUAUUAAGGCCAGCGCCGGAUGGGCACAAGCCCCCCUACAGUCCCAUCUCCAUCCUGUGUCCCCCUGCUGAGUUAAAAAAAAAAGCCUCCCUUUGUUUUCAACCUCAAUGGCUGCUUCUCUCUCGCUAGGCAUCUGAUCUGAUGGCCCAGGAGCAUGAAGAGAAGAGGGGAGAGCUGCAGAGGGUGUGAAAGAGAUAAAGAAAAGAGCUGGGCAAGUAAAAUUCAUUUCAUAGAGGAGUUCACUGGAGAUGACUUAGGUGAGUUAGCAGGGGAGAUCGAGAUGCUGCGAGUUCCUCUCCGCAAGUGGCCCCCGAGCUUAUAACCAGGUGGAAUGGGUGAGGGGGCCUUUUGAACGCACCAGGUGUGUCAUACGUGUGAAGUGAAUUCAAACACAAGUGAGUGAACACACACUCCAUGUGGCACCAACUUUUUGUUUGCACAGCUUAGAAACCUACUACUAUAUCAACCCCUAUUUUAGUCUGUGGACGUACUCGGACUGUUUCAAUCCGGAUUGAAUAUGAUGCCUCUGUUUGACCUAUUAAAGCAAACCGCCAUCGCCAUUUAAUGCAGGUUUUGAUUGAGAAAACACUCAAGUACAAACGGAUAAGACACGCAAAUUUGUCCAUAUGGUCUACCAAAGUUGACAUAAAAGAUCCUUAAAUUAGCUUGAACUGAAAUCCAAAAUAUGAAUCAUUUAUGAUGAAUUUGUUGCAUUUUUCUUUAAGGAUCCUUCUCGAGUGUUUUUAUGUUUUCAUCUGAUAUCUAAUGAGAUGCAACUUAAAGCUGCUAUUCUGAGGAAUGAAUAAUUUUGUGCGAUGGUUUACCUUCCCAGCUGAAAUUGAUUCGACCCCUGGCCCUGCCACAUAUGCUACCCACAACUAUUUCUGCAGGCCACAGAUUUGACUCUGUUGCUGGGUCCUGGGUUUCUGGAUCAGGUCAGUAUGGGAGCAUAUUGUACGUAUGCUGUGUGUUUAUUUUUAAAAAUCACAGAUGCCUGCACUGCCAGUCUGCUCUUCCUGUGUUAAGACCAUCAGUCAUCUGUGCCAAUUAAGACUUUUAUAAACUACUUUCACUCUGGGUUGUUAAAGAGGGGCUGAUAGAGGCCAAUCAGCAGCUAAUGACUCUAAUCUUGUGUUGGAUUUUAGUCUGAGGGAAUGUAUGCUGCAACAGCUUUUUCUACAUCGAUUUGUGCGUCUGUAGCGGUGUGUUUUAUUCGUUUGUCGACGGGCGUGGAAUACAGCUUGUAGGAUGUGCAAAAAAGUUAUUGUGGAUACUUUUGCCGGGUUUCGCUUAAGCAGUAGGGCGAAUUACAUUUUCUUGCUACUUUAACAGUUGCAGUUUUUUGUUGCACGGCACGAUUGGCUCACCGCUGACCUUGGUGGCGGCGGGGGGGCUGUAGCGCUCCUUGAAGAAGAAAAGAGGCUUGGGCCGCCCGCUGUAAACAAAGUUGACUUGCCGACAGAUGGAUUGAAUGACAGAGAGGCUAACUGAGCCAGGAACGGGGCCUGGCAGCAUCGCACUGAGCAGAGUGAGGGAGGGAGGAAGAGAGCGAGAGAAAGAGAGAGAUAGGGGGGGGGGGGGGGGGGGGAGAAGAGAGAAGAGGUGGCCAACAGGAGAGGAGGUGUGAACAGGUGCAGGGCCGCUGAAGGAAGAACCAGCAGAUGGAGAGAGACACAGCCAGUUUAGUUACAGGAAAAAAAGGGUGGGAGGGAAAAGAGGAGGGAGGAGGGAGAGAUGGAAGCAGCAGAAAAAAGGAUCGGAGCAGAGAUGAGAGCGCUCUGGACGGAUAGAUGGACAGACAGAAAGGAAGAUGCGCUGGGCACGGAGCAAACGAGCGCUGAGGCUGCAUCAGGCCGCCUCUGUGUUUGAUGUGUUUGUUUCAUAAAGUGAAGCGGCGAGAUGAAGGGGGUGGGGGGGGUGUCAGAAGAAAACUGUGGGGGCAGAGUGAUUGACUUGCAUCACCCUGAGGUUUAAUAAAAACGUGCUAAAACACACUGAGGUGCGUGUGACAGAAAAUGGUUUGACACCGCACGGUCUGCUACAACGGAACAAUUCAGAUGUUUGUCAUACGCAGCAUCAGUGAUACACAGCGCAGUAAAAUGUUCAAUAUGUCACUUUAUUCUCUCUUUGGUGCACUCAUCUUUUGUUGGCAGUGGCAGUUCGAUGGGCCUACACAAGGCCUCAGUCUCUCUGUCUCUCAGCCACACACACAUAAACACACACACACACUCACGCAGGAAUCAUCUUUUUGUAUUUCUGCAUACCAGGCUGUUGAAUAUUAAUGCAGCCUGAUUGAUGCAGUCGAUCAUAAAUAGCUGUGGAUGAACUGGAAUUCCUCCACAAAUAUGAAUCACCGCGAGUGUCACCAUUUUGAGCAGUUUAUAUAUGAGUAAAUAGUUGUAAUUUUAUAGUACAAAAUCAGCUCAUCACGGUAGCAUACUAUCAACAUCGAGUCUUACCGCCUGAUUCUUGGAGCUUCACUGCAUCUGUGGAAAGACCUGACGUGAAAUGUAGAGUUACAAACCGGAUCAAGUAGAAGCUGAAUAUCUAAAAACUUUACUAUAACCUUGUUUAAGAAUCCGGUUCAAACUUAAAUUUAACUUAUGUUGCGUUCAAUGUGAACUGUUUGGGCAAAAAAUAGAUGCUGGUAAUCAAGAUUAAAUUUAAAACAGUACGAGGAACAUCUGAUGAUAUUUCAGAUAUAUAGAAAAUAUUCUUGGGUAAAACAAUAAGUACAGAUGGUCCUCCGUGAUAGAAAUAGUAUUUUUUUCCUCCGCAACUCUGUGCAGGGAUCAUCAAUGUCUCAAAACCAUCAGUUGAACAAAGCUUGUGUGUUUGUGUGUUUGUGCUAUAGGCUGUGUUUACAAUCUGUUCACCUGUUUGUUACUUUCACACCUGUUAUUUUGCAACACAGAAACGUCGAGGAGAAUAAAUAUGAAUAUGCAUCGGUUGGGAAAUGUUGUCAUGAGUUUUCCUAUAGUUUCCGCACAUAAUUUAUAUGCAGCAUUCGUCCUUUUUUUACCGCUUCCAGAGAGUUUGAGUUCAAGAAGAGCUUCAUCAAUCAUGCUAAUAUUUCCUAGUUAUUUGAAGUGAAAAGUAAUGUAGGGUGAUAUAUAUUCUAUGUGUGUUUGUCUGUGUGAGUGAGUCAGCGUCCAUAAAAUAAUACAAGACUUAAGUUUGUAUGUGUUUGUUGGGAGAGAGUAUGGUCUUCUUUAGUUUGCCCAAACAGUGGUCAGUGAUGUCUGGCGUUGGCGAAUGUCUCCAAUUCCUCCAAGUCCACCGUCUGACUCCAAUUUGUGCUCGUUCUCUGAUAAACCGCGGCAUUUGGUGGUUCUGGCGUGGGAUGGCGGGUGCACCAUGGGGUGCUGCAAACUCCGUGCUUGGUCAGGCCCUGGCACCCCACAUCUAAUGGGCAACAGCUUGAAUAGUGCCCACUUAGGCAGGCAGUGCCGACUGGGCCCCCUCUUCUUCCUCGCCGCUCUGGCCAGCAAGCCAGCCAGCCACCGCCUCUGCCACCUCCCACUUACCCAGCAGCCACUGUACCUGGCCGCAGCCCCAGAGCCAUUCCAGCCUACCUUAGGCCCCUGGCCCAUGCAGCUCUCGCCAUACUUACCAAGCUGUCCUACAGUGCAUCAGGCCAGGCAUAUACAAACAGGCCCAGCUAUCAGCUAACUGAACAUUCAGUCUAUUGCCUCCUAGGCCCAAACAAGAGUUCCUGCCACAGGCAGCAGCCCAGAGUCCAUUCACCAAUUAGCUGGAAGGCAGAUUAUUGUCCAGGGAGAAUCAUCCAGCUCCAGACCCACACACUCAGCCUCUGCUCUGCCUGUUGUCCCCAAUGCUUGCUCCAGGGCUUGGCUGUCCACUUCCAUCCCUCCUUUGCUUUCUCUUUUUUAUGCUUUAAUUUGACAGCACUCAUCAGCAGCCAUUUUGUGACAACAUUUUGAAAGUAAACAUGUUGUAUUUGAUUGCUGAUACAAAAUGGUGCAGGAAAUGACCACAUAACUUAGCCGGACUCGUACCUCAGGUCCUUGUCCCGCCGAUCUGAACCUUCAGGCCCACUUAUUUGAUCUUCAACUUGAAAAGGCCCAGAAUCGGCUCAGUUGUGCACAACUUUAUUAGGUUGUACUUGUAAAUUGUUGGUUAAGUAGAUCAGCGAGACCUCACAGAUGCCAAAUGUGUAGCUCUCUGUGAUUUAGCUUUUCUGUCCUCUUCUGUUUUUCUUCACUCUCCUCUUCCUCACCACCUCUCUAUUGCUGACUGCUGGAACUUUCUGGCGAUAUGUCUGAUGCUAAUUGGUGGGUAAACAGGUCUGGUGUGAGUCCCCCCCCCCCCUCCUCCUCGGUUGCACACACACACACACACUCAUAGACAUACACAAAUACACACGGCCCCCUGGAACCUCUUGCAGGACCAAAUGGCUGGCAACGCCUGCCCGCCAUCUCCCGCUGAGCCCUGGUGUGCGCUUUGGUGGCUCAGGCUGCUGUUCAAGCCCAGCGGGGGUUCAUUCACUCACACACACACACGCACACACUCAUACGCAUACAGACACACACAGUCUCCUUGUGUCCCCUGCACACCCGCCACCCGCUUUCACACCCCAGACAGCAGGACAGCAGGAGAACACACACACACACGAAGGAACAGACAGACGCGGUCACUUUAGAGAUGCAGGCCAAGCGCUGUAGGGGAGAAAAGUUUUCACUUAAACUGGAGAAUUCUCUCUUCAUUAGCGCCUUUGGACUUCAGGAAGAGUUCUGUUUAUUUGUUCGUUUUUUCCUGUCUUUGUAGUGUUUUUCUUUUCUUUCCUUCUUUGUCUCCUCCUCUGUUGUUUGGGUACACUUGGACUUCGCUGAGUUAGAAAAGUUUGGCUCAGACAGGAGUUGAACGCAUGUUGUUUAAAGCCCACAGGAACAAGCACAUAAGUUUGCGUCGUACCUACACAAGUCUCAGUUUUAAGAGAAGUUGAAGCGGAGAUAAAAUCGCUAGUCUGUUGUGUAGAGAACUUGUGCACCAUGAAGUCACGCAGUUAUUAAUGUAGACCUUGUAUACGUCAAGUCUAUAUCUUUGAUCGACGUGUGUAAAUGACUCCCUGGAUAAUUGAGUCAGAGUUAGAGUGAGCCGUAGAAAAGAUAACAGCAGUUUUUACUGACACGUCUAAGAGCACGUUGACCUUUUCUUUGCUUCUUCAAAUCUCAGAACCUCCUGGACUUUGUUCAUAGAGAAAGCGGGUAAAGCGUCUGUGUUCGCUCCGCUGUUACAUUUGUAUUUGCAUGCGUGUGUGUGUGUUUAAGACAGCUGCAGCAUCACCGAGGGGUCUAUAAGCCGACAGUGGCCUGACACUUUUACCCAUUACCCCCCACAAGUCUUUCCUGUCACGCUCCUUUAUUCUGCACUUGUUCAGUGCGCGCUCUCCUCUGAGUUCUCUCUCACCUGCGUUUAUCUGCCAGUCUUGUCUUUUUUCACAUUACUUAUCUCAGCCACACACAUUAAAACUUCCUAAUCUCAUUACAGAGUUCAUGUAUGAUAGGAUUAAUCUUGAAUAUGCUGGUCAAUCACUUUCUAAUCUCACUGAAAGACUUAAUUUGUUUUGAAAUCGGUCUGUCAGAGCCUUCACAUUUUCAACAACUGUCUUUAUUGUAAUCACCUGUAUAUUUGUGAGCCACAGAGUGCUGUCAGGCUUGAAUUAACAUAUAUUUAAAAGUAGUUAAUCUAAAUGAUCAAAUUCUUCAAGUUUAAAGAAAAGGUUUGAUUUAAAAAUACUGAUAGAGUGACAUGAUUUGUUUUGAAUGUGUUCGUAGCCCAUGGUGCUAACUGCAGAAAUAUUUUCCCUGUUUCCCUAUCGGCUGCAGAUGAGUUUACUGUCAUUUAAAACAAAACUCACAUUCAGUGUUGAAAUGAACUUCAGUCAGACAGCAAAGAUCUCCAAUAGAAUUAGACAUACUGUAAAAAGCAUGUCGUUCAAAUGUCAGCAUUUUUGUUUCGGUGUAUUUUUCCACACUCUGAGUCAUCAAAUUUUCUUCCCUUUCACAAUGUCUUUUAAAGAGUUCUUAAUUGUGUUCUUAAUGCGUCUUUAACAACCCGUUGUUUCUCCUCAGACAGGACAGAGAGAGAGCAGACCGGGCUCACGAGGAGGAGAUGGCGUCUGUGACUUUGUCGACGCGGGAAAAGGAGAGAGAGAUGGCUGUGCUGCUGGAAAACACAGAGGCUGAACACCAGCUGAGAGGUCAGUGCUCCACCCACAGAAGUGCCACAGACUCGAGGCCGAAAGUGCAGCUGUCCACUCUGGUCGAACCUCCCCUUAUCGUGCUCAUAGAUCUCUGACGUUUGCGUCGUCUAUCUUUGCUCACAAAGGAAAAGUCUUGUGUGACCAAAGAUCACCUGCAGGUCCACUUCACUCGUUUCGAUUUUUCCACGAUUCACCAUAAAUCUUCCUGCUGCUGAAACAAUCUCUGGGUGUUUCAGAGGUAGAUUGUUUUCUAGCAGCCUGUCCUUCACUGUUCUCACUUAGUUUCGAGAUAUUUUGCCAAUUUUUUGUUUACCAAGAUUAUUAAGUACAGGUUUGUUGCUGCUUUUUGAUCAGUUGGAUACCAGAGUUUUUCAGCCUGAAUGUGCCUCAAGCUGUCUUUCAGAUAUCUUUUUUUUUUUUAUUUGUACGAAUGUUGUGUAUUUGCAGGAGACACUUCAUAGCAGUCCUUCUCCUGCUACACAGAUUGUCUUUAGACGGGGAAAUGAUAUACAACAAACAAGGAAAGACAUUUUUUUUCUAAUAACGGAAAACCAAUAACUUAAAAAACUCUAUUAAUUUUAGAGGCAGUAUCAUGACUUCAUCUGAAUACUCUCUUCUUUAAUUUGACCCCGUAAAGAUGCUCCUUUUCAGCGUCUGGUUGCCACUGACCCUCAGCUAGAUCAAAAAGCGGCAGAAAGAACAACAGGAAAAAUCCUAGAACUGAACUGUACAGAGUCAGAUUGAGGGACAUCUUGAUAGAACUUAACAGAAGCUCGAAGUCUUUUGAUUGUUUUCCUCAAGGACACUUCAGCAGGGUGGAACUCUGUAGGAUCUGGGUCCUGAACUGGUAUCCUCUGGCUUUCGUUCUCACUGCGCCACCUUUCCUGCCUGUCAACAGUUUAUAGCCUGAGUAGGAGGUAAUGGACAGAACACAAAUCACUUUAGACGAACAAGAGCGAGCCGGAGUGACCUCCAAGAGCAGAGCAGAGCAAAACGCAUUAAACAGGAGCAGGAAGAGGAGACGAGAGGAUAGCAGGGCAGAGCAGAGGGGAGGUGAUGGGAGGCAGAGCGGAGAGACCCCGCUCAGAGCUCCCUGUCUGUCUGCACAGCAGAGCUGCUGCUGCUAGCACAUCUGUUGCACCAUCUGGAUCCCCCCCUCACACCCACCACCCACCUCCCCUCCACCACCCUCCCUUCUCCUAUCUUUUUAUUUACCUGUGGUUCCCCUCAACAACCAGGGAGCCUGCUGGUACACACAACAAAGAUGGAGGGUAUAGAGGGAGGAAUGGAUGGAGGGAGAGGAGGAGGGUGGGGGGUUGUGUGGGGGGGGUAAACAAAGGGUUUGUUUCUGGCGCGUGUCGGAAGCACACAUGUUGUCUAAAGAGAGCUGACAUCAGAGCACAGCAGGAAACUGUGGAUGGGGAGGGGAUGGAGGGGUGGACGUCCUUUAGUAGCUCGCAUCACUUCCUCUCCCCGUGCAACCCAACAGACGAGCUGGAUAAUUAGCUUUCUUGCUCUCCAAAUCCCGCCUCUAUGUCCAUCCGUUUGUCCUUCCAUCCAUCCGUCCCCCCUCUCCCUUCUUCUCUGCUCCCUCCCACCUUUUUUUUUUUUUUCGGAGUUUUUUUCAUGUUUCUUUUUUGAGUAAACGCGUACAGAGCAGCCUCUAGAUGAUAUCAGAUAUUUGCUUCUCUCUGUCCCUCCCUCCCUGCCACGCUUCUUCUCUCCAUCCCUCCCCUCCCUCGUUUUUUUCUCUGUUUGUUUCCAGUGCCAGUUCUGCUGUGUUUCUGUGUCCCAGGGUUCUUUUUGGCCUACGCACGGCCAGACGCAUUCAAAGCCUGUUCAGCUAAUUAGCAUUCUUCAUGCAACUUUUCCAGCACUGACCAAACUUUGUUGAGUGUGCGCGUGUGUGCACGCCUGUGAGUUUGUGUUGUUUACUUUCACACUCUGUAGCAUCCAGUUUCUGCCCCCCAUGCAUUACAUAUGUGCAGUAAUCUGGGCACAGAGGCUUUAUAGACUGGGAUAACAAAGGUUAAUGAUGACUUACUAAAGAGAGACAAAGUGCUGCCAGCAUACUGUGAAUAAUUUUGCUCCUGAAGCUGGGAAUUACAGCGAGCAUUGACCUUUACACCUUUCCUACUUGUGAUGUGUUUCUCCAUGUUUUAGCCGUGUCUAAAGACAAUUAAAGAGGAGAGUCAAAUAUCUGCCAUUAAACAUUGUAUUCGAUAUCUACUAUAUCUUCUUUUAAUAAUCCCUCUCUAAACCCCAAUAUCUACUGUAUGCAAAAAACUCUUCACAAGUCUGAGCUACUUUUCAAAGACUGCGAGUCCUUGUUGUUUUUUUGGUUUCGGUUGACUGUAACAGAAUGCUGGAGCAGGUGGAUCAUUCCCUACAUCCAAACGGCAGCCAUUGUUAUUUUAAAAGAGUAGACAUAUGUUGGAGAGAGGAACGUGGAUCAUUUCAAAGGAAUGAUGAAAGCCCAGUGUUGGAUUGUUCAGAAAGAGCCCCCCAUGAGCGGAUGAGGACGUGGCAGGAAGGGUGGAAAAGGAGAAAGAAAGCGAUUUUUUCAAACAACAAUCCCCCUCUUUUUCCUCCAUCUCAUUUUACCACUCUCUCACACACUUCAUAUUUCUAUUCUUUCUCCGUUCUUAGGUUUUUUUUUUUUUCUCUGUACAUUUCCGCCUGCUGUUUGAACACUUUUGAUUUCGAUGCGAAUGUCUGUUGACAAAAGCAUUUUUGGAAAGACAUUCAUUAAGACAUAUGUGUCUCACAUCUUUUUGUCUUCAGCCGUAUUCUUACUCUAAAUCUGAUUGCUUGGUUUUAACUGUAGUAAAGAUGUUUUCCGCUGGUCUGUGAGGUUUCUGCUUGUCAUGCUCUUAGAAAUGUAUUAUCUAUAUUUGUAGAUGUAGAGAUGAUGGUUUCUAUUAUUUCUUGCUCCUAAUAAGUCCUUUAAAUCAUCUCUUGGACCACAAAAGCCUGAAAUGGAUCUGCUUUAUAAUCCAUCAUCUUAUCUCUCGUUGAACAAAUAACAAGAAAAAAGCUAUUUUGUUUUUCUGCACUGAGACUCUGGACGAGUCAGUCAACAAUACUCUCUCUCCCAGCGUUUAUAAAUCUGCUUUCAGUUUGUUGUUUCUUUGCAGUUAGAAUCUGAAUGUUGCAGACAUGUUCAUAUUUACACACAGCAUGUACUGCUGUCGUGUUUGAUAAUGCACCUCAGGCUCUUUGAGUUCAGAUUUUCACUUUUCUUCUUUGUCAUCACCGUUGACUCUUUGAAAAUACUGUUGGUGUGCCUCAUCUCCAGUGGUUAAAAAGUGAGGCCAAAAUACUUCCUCCAAGAGGGGUCUAAAAUUUUGUGAUGUAUUUUGAAAUCUGAAAGCUGCAGGGCUGUUGGCAUGCCCCCUCCUCCUUCAAAGCACACGUUUAACUCACUGAUAAAACAGCAAAGGUCCCCGGGUUAAAAAUGUUCCUGUGUGGAACUGAAGCAGACACUCAUAGCUUUUGAAAGUUCACUCUUGUGUUAAUAUAUUUUCUAUUCCUCCUCCAUCCAACUCUCAUCCCUUCAUCUGUGAACUGUACUGCAAUCAGUCACCACAGGGGGCUCUUAAAUCCUUUGGCCUCACUGUUGGGGAGCAGUUGGAUCGUCCAUCUUCUCAUACAGCCCAUGAUGAAACACCUUUACACUUUUACUGCGUUUCAAAACUUGCUUUUAUCAAACUGUGGGUUAAAUAAACGAUUACAUCAUUGCCUUUUAAACUGAGAUUUCUUUCUUCACUUAGAAAAGUUAAUUUUAGCAUGUGUAGGAGGAGCUCUGGGAACAGCUGCCCCCACAGUUUUAGAUCAAGUUUUACUGAAGUGAAUUAAAGAUGUUUAGACAGGGUUUGUUCAGCUAGGAUUAAAGACAGGGUGAGAGUUUAACAGAGAUAAGAAGCAGAGACAGUGUGUAUACUUCUAAAAUACUAUAUAAAGUACAUGAAACCUGCUUUUUCAAGAGGUUAAAUGAGGAAAAAAUGGAAAUGUCAAGAGUAAGUACUGCUGGAGUUGGAACCAAAGGAAACUUUAAGUUUUUACUGAUGUUAAAACCUUGAAUCUACAAUGGAGUUUUAGGGCCGCAUUAAGAAAAAAAAAUUAAGACUUCGAGAUUAAAGUCAUUAACUUACAAGAAUAGAGUCAUUAAUAACGAGAAUAAAGUUGUAAUAAAGCAAUUACUUACAAGGAUAAAGUCAUAAUAAAAUCAUUAUUAUACUUAUGAUAAUGUGGUGCUGAUGUGCCAAAAGAUUAAGUAUCUCUUUGUUUGAGAAAUCUAUAUUGAAGUACAUUUUCAUGAAAUGCUCUAAGGCUCUCAUUUUAACAACUCUCUCUCUGAGUUUGAUGAUAUCUGGACUUCAGUGUUUUUUGUGCUUCAUGUAUCCAUUAAGAAGUGAAUAGAAAACAAUCUGAAUGCUAAACUUCACAUUGACCCACAACUUUCCCUCGACUAUUUGCAGUUGAAGAGCUGGACAGUCUGCUGAGUUCCCACAAUUCCCUGAUCAGGAAGCUAAAGGAGGAGUGCUGCACGCUCGGGGUCCGACUGGAGGAAGUAACAGAAAACAGCAGGUCGGUAUUUUCUGAUUUUCUGUACAUGGGGUUGUCGCUCACUCACGUCUCAUUGUUUCCUUCAUAGCUUUUUUUUAUGAAACUCACAUGGUGGGUUAAGAUAAACUGACAGCGACUUUCUUCAUUUUUUUGCCGAACCACUCAGGUAUUCACCCCUCUGUCAGGUAUUUACUCUCUCUGUCUUUUUGGACGUCCGUGUCAUUUUGUCAUCCGUCUGACUGUUUGGACAGAACAUGUCAACAUACAACACGCUGCCUGACCUGUUUUCUUGUUAACCUGAUGCUACAGUAGUCACAGCAGGCCUGCACAGCUCUCCAUCUGGGCUGCCUAUGUGUGUGUGUUUGUGUACUUUAAUUUGUGUGUCAUAUGUGUGUGACAGUGACCCUGGGCCCAGUGUCCUGUCAGCUGUUGUAGCUGUGCUGCACAUUAGUCACAUGACAGCCCCCAAUCUGGCCCUUCCAGACCGCACUGGCCUCACUUUCCACACAGUACAUGUACACAUAAACACACACACACACUGAGGUACCCUCUUAAUGUUCAGAAAAACAGACAACAACAUUAAAUACUGUAUAAAUCAUGUGCAGAAAUAUCGCUCUAACAUUUGGACACACUGGCAGUAAGCUUGUGCCCCUCAUCUGCUGCCCCUGUGUGUGUGUGUCAUGUAAUUUAGCAGCCGUGUGGUGUUGGUGUAUUUCGUGCCUUGAGCUGUUUGAGCUCCUGGAGUCUAAGCCCAGUGUAGCGGUUAAAGUCCUGCUGGACGCCUCAGUCAGGCUAAGUGAGGUUACACUCAGAUAAAUGAGGAAAGUGAGCUCCAAACAUUUUUGCAGUUGUUGGUCAGAGAGUUCUCCGUUGCGGCCGCCUCUUACUGAUGGUGUCACAAAUAUCAGUACAGACAAAGUGAAUCAGGACAGUCUGUGAUUGUUUGCAGAAUUUCACCCAGUGCCUGUCUAUUCUGGCUGUGUUUAUGGUGUGAAAAGACCUCCUGCAGUUUCUGCUGUUUGAAAAACGAGUCAUUUCUUGUUUGGUUUUCUACUCAUCACCUUUGCUCGUGUCGCAAAUUAGCUUACUGCAAAAAACUCAUCCUUAAAUUUGGGAAAAGUGUAAAAGAUUUUAUGGACGUUGAUCACAUUCACUUAUUUUCAUCUGUAUUUUCGUCAUGGAAUUUGUUUUUGGUGUCACUUCUCCGCAUUAUUCCAUCUUUAUAUUGUGAAAAAAGUUGUGAUGUCUGUUCUAUCGUGUUAAACCCACCAUAUGUUGUAUAAUUUAGUUUUUUAAUGUCCUGACUCGGUUUUGGGGUAAACUGGUAUUCUACCUUGAACAGUUAAAUCUGUUGAACUGGGCUGAUGUGUUUCUGUGUGUUUAAAUGCAGAAGUGAGAUAGAGCAGCUGGUCCUGGAGAAGCAGCACCUAGAGGAGACGGUGAGGAGUCUGAGAGCCCGCUGCUCCGACAUGGAGGAACAGUGUGUCCAGCAUGGCCGCAUGCACCAACGCAUGAAGAACAGGUACGAGGAUACACGCAAUACACUCAACCACACAUACACAGUUCACAUGGUAACUUCAUGCUACCUGAGGAAAUGUUUCAAUUACAAAUGAUAUGUCACAUGAUUCAAACAAAUAAUUCAAUCAAAUUCAGUACUUUUUGAACAAUUUUGCCUCUUACCUCCAAACUUUUAGCUUAAAUUCAAACAUAUUGGAUAUUUUUCUGAUGGUGGUUCAUCAAGGUGUGAAUUUUGUCACAUUAAGUACAGUUGAAUUCACAAUCUUUCGAACAAUCUACAGUUUAUCCUGCUGCUCUUUGUGUGUUGUAAACGUUUUUUUUUUUGUUUUGUUUUUUUGUAUAAGGCUUAAUUUCAAAUUUAAUCAAAAACAAAACACUAAAAAUGAAUUUAUUGCACUAAAAACUGGUCAUCCACCUUUAUAUUUUAUUUGUAAUGAUGUUUAGAGGACUUACUACCGAAAAUGGUGUUGAAUCUGAAGAGAAUAGUAUUUGGAUCAAAAGUUUUCUGGGGUGUAUUAUGAAAGUUGCAAUAAAAUGGAUUUUAAAUCUGGAAUCCAGAAUCAGUUACCGCUUAAUAAUCCACUUAACUGAAAGAAAGAAAGAAAGAAAGAAAGAAAGAAGGAGGAAUAAAGAAAGAAAGAGAGAAAGAAAGAAAAAAGAAAGAAAGGAAUUGGAGAGAAGGAAAGAAAGAAAGAAAGGAAUUAGAAAGAAGGAAAGACAGAAAGAAAGAAAGAAAGAAGGAGGAAUAAAGAAAGAGAGAAAGAAAGAAAAAAGAAAGAAAGGAAUUGGAGAGACAGAAAGAAAGAAAGAAAGAAAGAAAGAAAGAAAGAAAGGAAUUAGAAAGAAGGAGGAAUAAAGAAAGAAAGUGAGAAAGAAAGAAAGAAAGGAAUUAGAAAGAAGGAAAGACAGAAAGAAAGUAAUAAAGAAAGAAAGAUAGGAGAAAGAAGAAAGGAAUAAAGAAAGUAUGAAAGAAAGAAAGAAAAAUAGAAAGAAAGAAAGAAAGGAAUUGGAGAGAAGGAAAGAAAGAAAGGAAUUAGAAAGAAGGAAAGAAAGAAAGAAAGAAAGUAAUAAAGAAAGAAAGAUAGGAGAAAGACGAAAGGAAUAAAGAAAGUAUGAAAGAAAAAAGGAAGAAAGAGAAAGAAAGAUAGCUAGGAGAAAGUAGGGAAGAUAGGAGACAGAAAGAAAGAAAGAAAGAAAAAAAGAGGAAAAAAGGAAUAAAAAUGAAUAAAGAAAGGAAGAAAGAUAGGAGAAAGAAAAAAAGCAAUUUAGGAGAAAGAAAGAAAGAAAGAAAGAUAGGAGAAAGAAGGAAAGAUAGGAGGAAGAAAGGAAUAAACAAAGACAGAAAGUCUUUUUUCAGUCCCAUUAAUCUGUACUUUGGUAAAAACUUGAUUAUAGAUCUUUGAGCUGAGCUGCAGAAGAAGGUCCUCUUGUACUCCCUCACAUUAACAUUACUUUGCUGUAAAUCACUUGUUCUUAAACAAAGAUCUAAAUCAGAAUAUUUGAGAGCAAAAUUUUCACAUGAUCAGAUAUAAAUAAGAUCUCUUUGGAAUAAAAGUGGAUUUAGAUGCUCUCAUUUACUCAUAAAAUCCACGGGUCCAUCUUGGUCUUAAGUCACAGUAUCUGUAUGCAUGGUGUGUGUAAAAUUCGGGGGUCUCUUCCUCCCUAAGUGUAGAGCCCAGUUGGUGCGCGUCUCCACAGGGCGCCUGGCAUACAGCCUAGCUGUGCCGACGUGGGCGAGAGUGCGUAGGAGUUGUCGCCCCACUCUGCAGGAUCUCCACCCCACUGCCCUCCCUACUCUACCUUCCUCUUACAUAAAACCCGAGACACGCACACUCGCUCACCCCUUUUCUCCUGCCUCAUCACUGACACUACAUAUUGUCUGCCACCCACCGGUGUUAACCUGUCGGCAGUCAGAGUGUGCCAAAAAACAAAGUUUACCGAGUCACAGCUGUCUGCUGCUCGUGCGAGUCUCUUUGUGUGUUUACGUAGAAAGAGAAUAAUAUAAGUUGUCAUAAAGUGCAGAUAGUUUAAUUAUUCUGUAUGUUUCUGUGCAUAUGUUCCAGUGGUAUUUUUAUGUGUGUGUGUACAUGUGUGUGUGUUUGUGUAUGGGUAGCUAUUGCUUGUUCUCAGGAGGUUUAGCAGAGUAGGAAUCCGGCUGCCAAAAGUGGAUUGGCUGGGAAGUUGGCAUCUAACUUCUCUCUUCUCCCAACUGAACCACGAUAAUCACUCUUGGCAUUUAGUGAGUUUUAUUUUCUGCUUUGACACUUACUUGGUUGAUGAAUCCUCCUGGUAUUUAAAAAUCUCCAGAGUUCAGUUCUACAUGAGGUCACUUUUGAAUAACUGUUGAGCCGCUUGACCACAUUUUUGUAUUAAAUUUUCGUCUGUGUGACUCUUUAGAAAGAAAGAAAGAAAGAAAGCGGCUCUGUUUAAGAAUCUGUUCUUCUGAGCAGUGAGUACAGGUAUUUUUGGAUUUUGUGUGUCGUGUGAAGGUUAUUUCUUAUAAAGAGGCAGAGCUUAGCGAUAUGGAGGAUAUGAGGGGCAGAGCGAGGUGUGACUCAUGUUGAUGGUGAUCCACAUUGCAGCUGGUGCUCGGUUUCUCUGUAUAUGUAUAUAUAUAUAUAUAUAUAUGGUUCUGAUCGUACUCCAGGGGCAUGAGUAGAAAACUUGAAACCCUGCCACAGACAUAUUCUUAUCACGGCAGUUUUAGCUUAAACAAUUAAAAAAAUGGAUCUACAGUAUUUCAGCCAUGUGUCGUAGUAUGUGAUGUCUGAAUUAAUCUGUCGAGGCAGGGCUGAACUUUGUAGAUCUCUAUUUGUGUGUGUGCGUGUACGCAGUUAUGUUUAUCAUAUGUGCAUAUUCGCGAAUAAGGGGCCAUGUCAGUCCCUCUACAUAUGGUACUCUUCUCAAACCGAAUCACACGCAUGUUCUUGUAAUCCUCAGUGUGUGUAUGUCUGUUUCCAUACAUUGGGUAUAUGUUACUUGGUCCCUGCAGGCCCCGAGCACUCAGUGGGCGCCCUGCCGCGCCGCUCGGGGGUUAAGGUGUACGUGUUAACAAGCUGGUGCAAGUGGGUUCAAUAUCCAGCGCCCCGCCCCUCCCCACAGCCUCUCCAUCGGCCUGCAAUCUGUGCUGCGAAGAGCGGCAACAGCGCACCACGCACAAAACAUUUGGAAAAUCAGCUUGAUUUAUUUUUACAUGGGCAAGCUGAUUGCCAAACUACACAGGGGUUUUAGCACACAAUGUUUUGCUUCAACACUUAAUUAUUUAUUUCACUAUGUCUGUGUUGUUGUGGGGUUUUUUUUGUUUUUUUUUGCCUGGAAACGACGGAAGAAAACGGAGGGAAGGGGGACUGAGUUAGGGAGGAUGCAAAGCCGGGUGCUGUAAAUGAUUAAUUGGAGUGUUAUUUGUGCGUUUUAAUCAAGAAAAGGAAACUUCAUCUGGUUUUAAAGUUGAAUGCAUAUUUCAUGUGAUAGAGUUUAACUGAAAUUGAGAGUAAUAGAUUCGAGACAUCCACAACUUUAUUUUCCAGUAUUUGAUUUCACUGUGUGUGUUUUUAUCUGGUGCCUGUUCUGAGGAAUCGGAAUAAGAGUAAAAACAGUGAUAAUGUUUCUCUUUGAGCUUGUUGUGGUUUCAAUAGAUGACAGCUUGUGUCUCAAUGAGGACUGUGUUGUAGAUUUUUAUGUAAGUGAACACAUUAACACAGGAGAGAGACAAGAAUGUGUGGAAAUUUUAAGAGUACGAUUGAAAGCUGUUUACUAAAAUUGUGUGACCUAUUUGAGAGGAUUGAGAUUUUCACAACAGAAAUGAAAAGCAUUUAGGAUAGAAACAUGUCAAAGAAGUGAAAAAAGAGUGAAACCAUCUGAAGAUGAAUGAUUGGAGGGUUGUGUCUUUUCGAAUCGGACAUUUAAAAUCAGCUUCAGUUUUGGGAAGUGUAUCUCGUAUAUUUGCCUUUGUGAUAAGGACAGAGGAGUGCGUGAUAAGACUUCACACUACUGUUUAUUGAAAGUGAAUUUUUUACUUAAGGCUGAUCUAAAAAAUAAAAAUAAACCAUAAAUGUCCUUUUGUAUGUAAAUCCUAGAAAAUCAUCAGACAUCUAUUCAUAGUGAUGAACAGAUUCUUUUCCUGAUCGAUCGAUGUUGUGGAAACUCUGUGGAGAGAAAGUUUAUUUUCUGUUCACUCUUUCGAUAUUCUUUUCCUGAAUUUGUCCUCCGCUCAUCUCCCCUCCUCUUUUUUUUCUUCAACUUUUUUCCACUUUUCUCUGUGUGCUUCUCUUAUUUUCCGUCUCUCCUCCUCUCGUUCUCCUGUCCUCUGUCCCCCUCUGCAUUCUGUACCAAACACAUCGCAACCUUUUUUCACCUCACAGCUGCUCGCAGGCUGUUUCACCAAUUAUCACUAUGCAAGUAUGUACUGAGGUCACACACACACACACACACACACACACACACACACACACACACACACACACACACACACACACACACACACACACACAUUUUAAGACUCACACUGAGACACACGACAGACUGACAUAACACCAACGUUUGCUUAACCACACACAGUGACAGCAGAGUGUGUUUCUCAGCCCUGGGUGUGCGUGUGCGUGUACUGUGUGUGUGUGUGUGUGAGUGUUUCUGUGAGCUCCCAGCUCACUGUGCAGUCCUUUAAGGCGAGCAGCAACAUAUACGCAGAUGUGCCUGUAGAUCCACAGGCUUCACUGGGCCAUAUGGCCUCCACCAAGAAAGAUGGUGCGUGCGUCUGGAGAAGGGAGGGAGGGAUGGAGUGAAGGAUGGAGGAGGGAUGGAGGGCCAUGUGUGGUAUGAGCUGUGCAAGCAGUUGUUGAAGUAUGUAUGCCUGUGGAUGUGUGUGUGUGUGUGUUUAUGUGUGCGUGUGUAUAUGUGUGUGUGUGUGUGUGUGUGUGUGUGCACCAGAGGCUCCAGGAGAUUGGUUAAUGGAACAAAUGGUCGCGGCGGGCCGGGGAAGAAGGAACAGGCUUGCUGCUACCGCGGGCGGACAGCAAGCCCCGGGCGAGGGCUGCUUCAUCUGGGCUCCUGCCACACACAACACACACACACACACACACACACACACACACACCCUCUGUCAAACCUUCUUCUCACCCCCCACCCCUCAAACACACAGUGUGCUGCCAUGCCCCAGAAGCAAAAGGAUGCUCGUCGCAUAAACUUUUCAUUUGCAAAUGAAGCUGGCAGCGGCCGACCAGUUGAACAGGGCAGUUUUAAUUUGUCUCAUCUGUGUGUGUGUAUGUAUGUACGUUUGUGCGCCUGUUUGUGUGAACAGUGAGUUAAAGCCGUGUGUGAUAUGAUGUACUGGAGGAUAGAGGGAGGAUGACAGAACAGGAUGUGGAUGAAGACUUUAAAGACGGCCUUUUGUGGGGUGGACAGGCUACAAACCUUUGAUUGAUGUGCUUCAAAAGCUUUUCCAUUACACUAAUACAUUUGUAGUUAUCACAUGUGCUCGGCUUUUACUGUCAGUCAUUUGUAUUUUCCCUUCAGCAGCAGCCCACACUUUUCUCCUUCUUGUAGAAAGGCUUGAAUGUGUAACAGAAAUUGCAGAGUGGUGCGACACGCUUUUACAGGCGGUUGAACUUGUACAUCUCUGAGCACCUGCUGAAAAAAGUUAGCGGUGAUGAUGUACCGCUUAAAAAGUUUCAUUUUGAGUUCUCUGCAUAUUUGGGGGAAUCACAGUCCACACGUCCACGGUUCGUUCUUUCUCUCCUCUCUUUCUCAUGCUCGUGUACUCACCUCUGGAUGGCGCUGAUCAGUCGUCCUCUCUCCUCCUUCAUCUUCCUCUCCUUCUCAUCGUCCCUGUCUCUGCGUUGCCCAGCUGGCUUCUGUAGCCGGGAGCGACUGCAGGGCGGCCUGCUGAAGGAGCAUUGUCAAACGGUGGCUUUACAGCUCUAUCACACACACACACUCACACACAAACACACACACGCAUAGACGCACAGAUUUGCAGCUCAGAUGUCAGGCUGUAGCCAGAGGCUUGCAAGCUGGAGCGUUAACUGUGCAAAGCGUCACAUCCCGAGCCCCGGUUAGUGACACUCGCUAACACUACUUUAUAAAACUACAACCAGAGAACUAGUGCAGAAACACCUGCCCCUUCUUUGGAGAAAUGUUCAAAGUCACAACACUUAAAUCACUUUAAUGCCGCGAAAGCAAACGCCAGACUAAAAAAGAGUCAGCAGGCCUCACGGCAGCAAACACUUUGACAUUGAAUAGCUGUUAAAAACAGCCUGCAGCUGAAGCAGAACCUCUGUAAAUGAAGAGACGCUUCAGUCCUCAACCAUCAGUUUUUGAAAGUCGGAUGUUUUUCUAAAAAUCACCCUGGGUACUUUAAAAAAAAUGAGCUUUAAAACAGAUCUUUACAGAGACUCUUUUUAAUCUUGUUACAAACUCCUGUAACACACCAGAAACUUACCCUAAAAUAUAAUCUGAAUAAAAUAAAAAUCUUUGGUAGAUAAGAACAGCUCAGAAACUUUUAUUUUUAUUCCCUUUAUGAUUCAAUUCUUAAUUUAGAGAGCUGGAAAGAUUAACAUGCAUUAAACUUUUAAAAAUUAUUAGUUCGCCUUUGUUUUCAGGAUGAAUUGAGUCCAUUUAGAUUUUAACUAAAUGAAUAAUUUUACAAAAAAAAGACUGUUGUUUUAAAUGGGUGAGCAUAUGUUAAUCUCAGGUAUUCUGUUGAAAAUUACAAAUACUCCACACUAUUAUAAAUGAUUACAUUGUGCCAAAGCCAUAUAUCUGAUCUUAUUGUCAUUUUUAAACUUUGUGUUUUAACUAUAUAAGGUACAACAUAAGAUAAGAUAAGAAGAACUUAAUCCAUCCUCAAAGGUAAAUUUAAGAGAUAUGAUAUGACUUGUCCUAAAUAUCUAAACAUCUGUCAUAUCUGAUGCCAUUAAUGUGCUGAUUUCUGUUCACUUUCAUGAUCAGUGAGAUCGUUUUAAACUGCAAAUAAAAACUGCAGCAUUAACUUUCAUUUUCUAAAAUAGAUCAAAAUGAUUGAUUUUGGUUUUAUUUACAAAAACCUUUCAGCACAUUAAACAGAGGCAGUCACACAUACCUCAAUAGUUUAUGUGAAGAUGUACUGACACCUUUUAAAACAAAUGAAAUGAAAAAAUUACGACAAGAUUGAACAAAAGCAGAGGAGCAAAAAUCAAACUUAAAAAGCUUCGACAAUUAAAUCAAAGUGCUCAGUAUUAAUAAAGACAGUAGGUUGAAUCUAAAGAGAAAAAGCAGCCAAUUAGAGGUGAGGUUCCCUGUUUGUUAAAAACUAUAAAAAACUUCAGGGUCUGACGAUGAAGUCCCACUCUACCUUCACCCUCCUUUCUUCCUCUCACCGCUGCGCUCAGCACUGCUGGAGAGCAGCAGGCAAAAAGACAAAAGGAGCUCUCCCACAGGCGGCAUCACAGAUGAUUUUUAAAUAUUGAUUUAUCAGCUGAAUGAUUGAUAAUCUUCAUGUUGUGUUUGCCUGCUGUGAUGUGGCGCUGGGAGGUCACCAAGCCCCACUUCUGUUGCCAGCAUUUGUACGAGCGCUGGAGUGCUUUAGCUCCAAUUUAAAAUUUGAUCGGGUACAAAUUUGAAACCCUGCAGCACCCGGCAAACAAAUCCAAUUUAGAGACAUUUUUUUUCUUUUAAAUCGUACCAAAUAAAACAAACACUCCUCAGUCAAAAUUUCCAAUUCCGUCAGAAUCAAAAUAUCUUUAUUGUCAUUGUGCAAAGUACGACAAAAUCUAGGAGUGCGUGUUUUUUAAUGAGAUGUAGUUGUAUUAACACUACAGCUGCAGAGGAUGAGUUACAGGAAUGUUGUGGCCUGGAGGUAGGAGGAGAAAGCUAUGUUCAAUAAAAAAGGCUCAAUAAAGAGUUACUGAGAGUUCUGUUCAAAUUUAAUAUAAAAGGACAGAAAUGAAUGCCCCCCCACAUGAACAAAAGUGAAAGUUUGGAACGACAGGCAUCUGAAAAUAAAAGAUGGCACGAGACGAUGGAAUAACCGAGGGAACGGUGUUUCCGUCUCAUCCUCAUCAAAACACACAGUGUCACCAAUCCUGUUCUCAUGUCAAACGUUCAUGUUAGCAAAAGCAACAACUGGCAUGACAGGUUGGUGGAGGAGAGAGGGGCAUGGCCUCCAGGCACACACACACACACACACACACACACAUUCUUGAGUGCAGUCGUGUGCUCGCCAAGAUUUAGCUAGAGCGCUGGGGUGUGAGGGUGGUGGUGGGCCUGGGAUUGGGCGAAAUAUGGUUUUGUGUGUGUGUGUGUGUGUGUGUGUGUGUGUGUGUGUGUGUGUGUGUGUGUGUGUGUGCGUGUGUCUGUGUGUGUGUGUAUGGCAGCUGCAGCCUUCAUGCCCCUGGCAGUGUUGUUGUAACCAGGCAAGCCAAGGCCGUCUGCCUGCUGCAUUCUUUACCCCCAGCCCUCUAGGCCCCCUGCUCGACACACACACACACACACACACACACACACACACACACACAUACCUGCUAAUGCAAGUUUAGUGUUUCAGAUAACGUUGAUUUUAAAUUUUUUUCACCAACUUUUAUUUUCUUCUUUGAUUUUUACCUUUUUAUUUUAUCUUCUUGUUUUUCUUCCUGCUGUUGAGCGUUAAGAUGAACUUUUCGACAAACUAUCUCAUAAUCAAAUUUAACUUUAUUUUGUUGGUCACAUAAAAUAAAGAAUUUCACUCAAUUCAUGACGGGAAGCAGAGCAGUUACACAUCCAGAAAGUCAUUUGAAUGGAUAUUUCCUUUAAAGUGACUCACUCCACUCGCUGAUUUGUUUAGUAAUAAAAUGCACACAUGCAUAUGGGGCUUUUGAAUGACAGACCUGAAAGCUGCUCCAGAUCUCCUUCUCCUCUAACCGUCUAACAUGACGUUAGCAGUUUCCCUUUGGACCGAGCCUUUAGGACAUAUACUCCCACCUGUAAAUAAAUAUGCAAACACAGACAAACACACACACACACACACAAACACAGAGUUUAGACACUAGCUGUGGGCUACGACUGAUGUAUACCGCAGAGAGGUAACUGUGUCUGUGUGUGUGUUGUAAUUAAUCUCUUUAGUAGCUGCAGUCAAUAGAGAGUGCGGCGCUUCGAGGUGCAGAUUGUGAGCAGAGUUUGAUUAUUGGGCUGUCAGGGGAAAUUACUGCAAACUGCCUCGCAGCAAAACUUGCUUUUUAUUAUGACUGCUGCUGGAGAGCAAAAUCCACACUCACCACACACUUGCGAUCGAAGCAGGUAUUCUUUAGAGGAGAAUCAGGGAGUUAUUUCAGGGUUGGAUUAUUUGGUCCGUGUGUCAGUAAACUGUGCGAUCCAGCAGGUGGUGUCCUUUCACCAGGUCAGCGGAGAGGCUCUCUCCUUCUUUAACCCAACCAACGCUACCUCCCUCCCAUCAGCCAGCAGCGGCGGCGGCGGCGGACAGCAGGCAGAAAAGGGAGGGAGGUGACGGCUGCAGCCUCUUUGUUUCUCCGCCUCGACCUGCGCCUCACCCCCUCGAACCGCAAACUGUCAGCUCUCAUUUUUCACCCGCUGCAGAUCCUCUUCACCUCCACAUCCAUUUAUCUGUCUCAGCCGUCGGUUCAUCCGUGGCUCCAGCCAAGCUUCCUUCUUUACUCACCAUUUCCAGGCAGCAGGGCAGAGGCCAGCCAGCCUGAAGUGUGCGUGUGUAUGUGAGUGUGUGUGUAUGUGUGUGUCAGUGUGGGGCAGUGCCCAAGCAUUAAGCCGUAUUAAGCCCUAAUUAAUGAGUGUGCCAGCCGAUAGAGGCCAGUUAUUGGAUUUGCUGCUUUAGCUGCUGGAAGGAGCGCUGCCUCAAUCACAAACACACACACACACACACACACACACACACACUAUAAUACACACCCACUCACCCCCCCCUCAGAGGUAGGGUAUGCAAGGUGAGACGAGGGUUGGAUUAGAGAGGGAGAGUUUGUGUCUGUGUUGUAUAAGAGGACCAGAGGUUGUCUGCUCUCUGGCCAGACAAACCAAGUGAGUGCGUGUGUGCAUGCAUGUGCGUGUGUGUGUGUGUGUGUGUGUGUGUGUGUGUGCGCCAGGAGUCAAGCUUUACUUACUGCAUUACAUAAACCUGCAGCUUACAACCUGCAGCUUUAAACAUCUCAGGCCACGACCCGACACACUGAUUUACUGGCUUCCUGUUCAGCUCGCUCGCCGUCAGACGGCUACGUGUGAAAGUCUGCUGGCAUUUCCGAGCUGAUUUGGACUCAAAAUUACACAAAUUUGUGUCAUUUGCUGUUGAUUUCGUACAGUUGGUGCCAUUUCUCCUAAAUAAUUGUCUUGUACUGUGGAAAUGGAAAAACUAGUGUAGCAAAUAAGACUCAUUUAAAUCUAAAUUUUCCUCUCAGAUGUGACAGAAAUAAACCGAACGGUCUUGAAUGCAGACUCCAUCAAUAUGACAAAUCUAAAUCUGCAGUUUGUUUUGACUGUGGCUCAAGGCAGAUUCAGAAUAACUUUGAUAAGAGGAUCAAAAAUUCAAACUACAACCUGUGUUUCAAAGUUUGGGAUGUGAAGAUAAACAAAUACGGGAUGAUGCAACUGACUUUCAUUCGACUUUCUCCACAUGGUAACCGAAGAAUCAAUGAAUGAAUGUAUUAUCUGAUCCAUACACAUCUCAGGGAGUCAAGGAGGAGGAGUAAUUAUUCAGUGUUUUGUGUCACAUUGAACUGCUGGGAUGCCCCCUUAAAUAAACCCAAUUUUUUAAUCAUAUACUCAAUUUUUAUCUGAAAUGUUGGCAAUUAAAAGGUAAGUUUGGCCAAAUAACAAGAAGCAUUUUUCUCACAUUUACCUCUAUUGGAAUCUAAUCAUGUUGUCAAUUUGAUUUUUGGUGACAGACCAACAAAUACACCAUUUUUGGGACGUGAUGUUGCCGGGGAUUUUUAAUUGGUUAUAAAAACUCUGUAAUAAAUAUAAAGAAAAUGGGCAGGAAACUUAACAGAUCUGAUCGCACUUUUUGUAAAAAAAAAAAAAUUGACUCUGACCCUGUGGUGUCAUCGUAAAACCACACAGUGACUUUUGUAUAACGAAGGUAAAUUCCCUUUUGUUACUAUCAGUCGUCUCCUGUUGGUUCAUGCUGUAUGUUUCUGAAUCACUAAGAAAACGAAUCCUCUCUGAAACGUCACAGAGCAAAUAGGCAGAGUAAGUGUAAAACUCCACUUGGCAAAUUAUUUUGAUGCAUUUUUGCGCUUUACAAACUUGGAGUGGAUUUCAAAGCUUUGCUGCCAAUUGCCAGCUUAAUAUCACCCAUAAAAAAUCUGAUCUAUUCAUUCUCUUUUUUGUAGAGUAAAUAGUUUUCAGGCUUGUCGUGCACCUAAAUGUGUUGUGGUUGUAAUUGAAUACGGAUCGGCAUAUUUGCAGCGCGACUCGGUUUAGUUUUGUUGUUGUGGAGCUAAAGGCGACACUUUCUCGACGCACUUUCCUCAUCAAACAUUUACAGCUUCAGAACAACAGGCUCUGGUUCUGACCUUUAGCUCCUCUGCGCUGUGUGUGUGUGUGUGUCUGUGUGUGUCUGUGUGUAGGUGUGGCACACCGUCUCUGUCUGCGUCUCGUGUCCUAGCUUGACACAGCAGGGCUCUCUCUCUGUGUUACUGUGACGCUGUGAUGACCUGCUGUGUUGUGAUGUGCGCUCGCAUAGGAAGAUGAACAACCUCAACCUCCAGGACUGGAAGCAGGGGAAGGUGAAGGGUAAAGGUAGAUCAGUCAGAAAGGACUGAGGAAGAAAAUGUAGGGGAGAGGAAGAUCCUGAAGACGAGGGACACUCAGGGUCAGGAUCAAACCCGUGGGGGUGAGUGAGGCAGCGCAGGGCAGAGUGAGGACAAAGUGGGGGGGAGUGAGGAGGUGGGGAGCAGAUUGUGGCGUAGAGUUGGGAUGUUCUCCUCCCCCGUCUGUCACACACAGGCAGCCCUGCCGCUGCCAACAUGACCAGCAGGGCAGGGGCAUCUGUCUCUCCCCCAGCUACCUCUCUCUGCCUAUCUCUGCCCGGAGCCACAACUCUCUCCAUUCUCCUCCUCCUCCUCCUCCUCCUCUUCCUCCUUUUUCAUCACACUCAGCUCCAUGCCUUACUUAUGGCUUUCUAAACCUGUUGAAACAACACAGCAAAAUUCAUGCCUAUAACUUAACAGGAAGUGCUUUUUAUUUUUAAAAGGCUUUCCGGCAUUUUAAUUUUUCCCAAUCUGAUUUAGUUAUUCUUCGAACUGUCUGGCUGCAGAGGCUCUGAGCAGCUCCACAAAUACAUACCACCUCCUCCUCAGGCUGUUUCAGUUUGAAUUUUGAUCAACAUUGAAUUAUUUUUUAUUACAGAUUCGACACAAUUAUGUAGACCCAACAGAGGCCUCCUCAGCAGAGCUCUUGUUUUUACUCAAAGGAUGACUACAUAAGAAGAGUCGAUCGUUGAUUUCACAGCAUUUUAUCAGAUGGUCAGAUGAUGAAGUUUAUCUCCAGUAUUUCAUAUGAAAAAUAUUAAGUCACUGAGGGCCUAGAUCUCUUGAAUUGGAAACUAUCGCGUUAAAUUCUCUCGUUUUUUUAUCCAAAAUUUCAGAGGUGACACAAGUAGGGGUGGGAGAAAAAAUCGAUACAGCACAGUAUCGUGAUAUUUUGUCUGGUGAUAUAUUGUAUCGUCUCAUUCACUAAGAAUCGAUUUUUUCAAAUUAUUUGUUAAUAUAAAGUCAAAUCUAUAAUAAUGGAGAAAAAUAAAAUCAACUGUUUGUCCAGUGAGGUCGGCAGAGGUGACAUCAUAGAGCAGGAGAAAGUUAGUGCAACAGAUAUAUAUAUAUAUAAGGUUUAAAAGAUGUGCUACAUGAAAAUAAAAUACAGAGUGAAUAAGACAAAUAUAGAGGAAGGACAAAUGCUAAGUUAGAUUAACAGUUGAAAAAAUUGUAUAAAUCGCAAUAUAUUGUAUCACAAUACUCACUGUAUUGCAAAAUGUUAAAAAUCGCAAUAAUAUUGUAUCGUGGUCCAAGUAUCGUGAUAUCGUGAUAAUAUCGUAUCGUGGGGCCACUAGUGAUUCCCACCCCUAGACCCAAGUAACAUAUCACAGGAAUUCAUUCUAGUAUUUAUGAAAAUAUUCCAGUUUUGGGGUUGUUUUAUUUCUUUAUUCAAAAUGCAUAAAUGUGUUAAAGCAGAAACUGUAGUGAAAAAAGAGGAUUGUUUCCUCAGUUUUUUGAAGAAUGAAAAUUAAAAAUAUGGAUAGGGAUAAAGGGGGAAGUAUUCAUAUGUGAAAACGCUGCUAAAAGUUCCCUAAGUCUCAUUUCAGAGCGUGUGUGAGUGUGGGAGAGAGACAGAGAGUGAAUGAGUUCACCCCUGUACCAGAGGAGGGGGGUGACUGACUGACUGAAUGGAUAGAUGGAUGAAUGGAUGAAAUAAUGAGCUGCGGGUGGGAAAUCUUUCUAAAGGCAUUCCACAUCCACCCCCAAAACUCCGGCUGGAAAACACCAGCUCCACACACACACACACACACACACACAAUAUGACGCACACACACACAAUGACGCACACACGGUCGCCACUCUGUGCUGUGAAAGAGUUCAGUGUGUGCAGGAGCCGUUGUUCCACAUAGGACACACACUAAUUGGGACGUCCCUGUUAUGAGUAACACAUUUUAUGUUCAUAGUGCUCAAACAUUUGACAUACUAGACAUGUUGAUGUGCUCUUCUUCGUUAGUCUGUGAUCCUGAUGACACGAUUCAGUACAAAAAAAAUGAACAGUUUUCUGUCUGCAGAGAAAUAAAAAUAAUGUGAUAAUUCAUCUCACAGGAUUUAUUUUAUAAAUUUAUUACAUGAUGAAAAUAUGAAACCAGUCUGAGGAUGUGUAUCAUUUCAUCUGUGUGUGUGUUAGCUGAGUGCCUGCUGUAUGUGUCACUGAUCUGAUCUGAUCUGUUGAUGAUGAGGAGAAACGGCGCUUACUCAUUGUAAAACAUCACCCGGAAAUGACGAGGGAUCAGAAACUGGAUUGGAAUCAGGUGUUUCUGACAUUUGAACAGAUGAAACCACAACAACUGAUGAUGGCAUCAAAUCUGCAAUGCUCGCCAGACAUUAAGAUCACUGAUCAAAUAUGCAGGAAUAUCCAGGCCAGUAAAUUUUGACUUAAAGCGAAGUAGAAUUUUAACCACAGGGACUUUUCGUGAUGGAAUAGUGUCACUUCAUGGUUGUUGCACUGUCCGUACUGAUAAUGAAUCUAACUUUGGUGCUUUUUUCCGGAUCCAUCCACUGGUCAGUAUUGCGGUUUAUGGACUCUGUCUUUCAGCUCCUUGUCUGCGCUCUAAAUCCAGAACGAACUCUGCUGUCACACUCCUGUAAACAAUGCUGAUUACUUGGUCAAUACAAAGUCCGGUGAUAUUAAAAGCUUUUUGUGGAUCCAGCUCUCUUUCAAUAUUUACAACAUUUGGUUUUAUAUCAACCAGGAGGGUACGCUCCUCUCACACAGUUUCAGUCAAUAUUGUGUGUGUUCUGUGCGUGCGCGUGUGUGUGUGUUUUGCAGACUGCAGCAGUUGGACCGUCACUGUCAGAGCAGCGCCCAGCAGGUGUGUGAGCUGCUGGCCAAACAGAACCAGCUGAUGCAGGAGAGAAACACACUCAGCGAGGAGAUGCAGAGUCUACACACAGAGGUACACACACACACACAUUUACACACCUCACCUCUUGUACACACAGCACAGUGUGUGACUCACUGUUACUAAAUGAAUUAGCGAUGGUGGUGCACAUUAUAGUUGACAGAUUACUAAAAUAAAAAUCAGUUAAGAGACAUUUGUCCCUUUAUGACUAAUGAAUCUGCCUGGUUCUGGAUUUACUGGAAAACAUGUUGUCUGAAUUCUGCUCUGAUUCAUUAUCACGGAGAUUAUGUGUGUGUGGAGCGCUUAGAUACUGCUUUUAUUAAAAUGUGUGUGUGUGUGUGUGUCUUGUGUGUUGUCUUUGUAGCUGCCAAACGUGAGACAGGUUGAGAGUGUGUCCACCUGAGUCUGUCCUGCCUUUCUCCUCCUCUAAGUCUGGAUUUCCGGAGAAUCUCCCGCAGAUGAGCAGAUAUCGAACAACUGCGUUAGCGUGCAGGAUGAGGAGUGUGUUCAUCUCUUUUGUGUUGCUGCAAACACUGAGUACACAAUGUGAAGAUCAGGGUCUUUCUUUUACAUGUAGCAGUAAAGUGUGUCACUACUAUCUGGACUGGCUGUAGUGGCUGGGUAUUUAUGUUUUGAUUGUCUUUUUUUCCAAACAUGAAUUUAAUAAAAGCUCCUUAUUUUGAUUUCUUGUUUAAAAGUGAAAAACAAAACCACGACUCUCAAAGGUGUUUCAUUUUGUAGCUAAUAUUUACAGUUUUUUACUUUUGUCCUAACACAAAUUCCAAUACCUCUGACACAUUUGCAAAACUCUUCACACAGUUUGCACAACAUAAGCCUAUGUGGCCUAUACAGUUAAAACAUUUCCUGUUUGUUUGACACAAACUGCCUACAUUGGACACAUUUACUAAAUGUUUUAACUUCUUUAACAAACAAGCUCUACCGAGGCCAAAACAAGUGACUGUAACCCACAAAUUUACAAACGCUUCCCCACAGUAUGUCAGAACAGAUAACCUCGCGUUCUAAAUGUAACCAACAGCCCAAAGUUGAAGUGAGAAGCAGUUCAUAUUAUAGAUUCAAAGAUUCUUGUUUUUUUCUUAUUGUCAUUGUCAUCUUACUGGAGAAGGGGACAGACAAGUAGUAAGAUAAAUAUCUGCUCCUCACACUAGCAAUAUUUAGAACUGAAGAAGCUUCUUGGAUAAGAGGUGAAACGUCUUCUCAACUCUACACAGUCCAGUUGCCUGAUUUUGAAGUCUUCAAGAAAACCAUGACCUGGAUGAAUGAGAAUCUACAUGGACAUAUUGGAGUCUGUGUUAGGCCGAUUGCAAAGAAAACUGUAAACCAAACUUAGUGAUCUGGAAGCUAAAAGAUAUUCUCUGCAGUCAUAAAGCACAACAAGAGGACACCGUCUCAGCAGAUUGACAUAGUGCUUUAUUGAAGCUGUCUGUAAGAAGGAAAAUAAUGUGCAUCCCUAUCAUAUACAUUUCAUGUGUAAAAAUACUAAGGAUGUACAGUGUAAAAAACAGCUUCAUGUUGAUGGUAAUUUGUUGUCACAUCCUCAUGGCCUCACCGGCCACCAACACUGCAUCCUUUCAGCAUGAGGGACAGAAAAAGGCUGUUUGAUCGAUCUCCCCAGUUGCCCCACACUGUCUCAAAGUCAACAUGGUCUCUGCAGAGCUUAACCUUGGUAUAACAGUGAUUCAGGGGAAACACGGUCCACUCUGUGAACAGCUGGCAGCUGUCCAGGAAACUCGAACUCAACUGUGAAGCUACAGUAGAUGAACAUGGACGUGAAAUUAAACUCAGAUACGUUUAGUUAUAUCUGUACAUGUUUGCUGUUUUUGUUUGCUGUUGUAAAUAAAUGCGUCUCAUGCUGGUUGAUGUUAAUGAUGAUAGUAGUCUGGAGAGAAGAGAGGGAAGGAUUUAUGUCGCAGUCAUGAGGUCAAAUACUUUCAGAAAUGCUUCCAAACACAGGAGCCUUGUACUUCUCUGCAUUGAGCCCUGUGAUGAUCACAACACAUGGUUUUUGGCUGACACAGAUCAAUACGGAGCAGCUGAGGUCUUUGAAAGGAUUUUACAUAUUAUUCAAAUGAUACUGGAGUCAGAUCUGUUGUGUGAUAGAUGUACAAUACAAACAGCAGCAGAUUUAAGGGUGAACACUGUCAGUGCAGCGUCACAUGGACUCUCUGUUCACACCGGUAAAACUGUGACGAGGCUUAAAAGGAGCUCAACCAUCCAGUUCAAAUACUUCUGCUUGAGACAAAGGUAAAUUACCGACGUGCCAACUAUUGAUUCAUAGUCUCUGGGGGCAAAUACAUACGAUGAAGAGAAUCGCUAAGCUUCACCUUCUCCAUUAACUCUACUUGGAGGCAAACUUGUUUUUCUUUCCUGAUCUCUGGCCUCAGACUCAGCCUCCAACGUUGCAGCUCCAAGUAAAUAAACUUGAACGUUGAGAAGUGUUUGAUAAGUGGAGCUGGAGGCUCACCCGAGGGAAAACUUUUCUAAACCGAAGCUGAGAAGGAGUCGGGUACAUCUUAACAUUUUUCUUUAUGAAGACUGACCAAUUUACUGAGCUGUGCAGUGGCAGCGCGGACUCAUCUCUGGUGCGUGGACACAAUCACACAGGUCUUGCCAACUGUAACCAUCAGAGCAACAUCCAAAUGAACUGUAGUAUGAGAGGGGGAGAUGUACUUAAAAAAUCCUCAUAUUCUUAAAAACAGUUUAAAAAAAUCUAAAAAUCUCACUUGAAAGCAGGGCUGAAUCAGAUUCCUAUGAAUCAUAUAAAAAGUGAUGGAUGUGAAAGUGCUGUGGCCAAAGCUACAAAGCAGUAUUUUAUGAGCUCUGGUUUCUAAUGAUUUUGGCGGUAAGCGUGCACAUACAGCUAGAACUCCUCAGUCACUCACAGACCUGGGUCAAAUCAAAGCUGAAAUCCUUCCAAAUACUUGGGAGCGUUUGCUUGAGCCUGUCGAGGGUGCCAGCUGGGUGGGAUUCUGCUGCUUCGGCUGUGCCAGACAGGCUCAAUCGAUCACAGAGAAGUACUUUUCAUUAGAGUUCUGAGUGCCACUUUGACACAGCACUGGUAGUGCGGACAGAGGAGGACUACAGCAUGCAGGCCAGCGCCAACCUUUUAUACUUUCUGCCAUAAAGCGCCUUUGCAAGCGAACAGCAAUUUAAUGGAUGUGCAAGAGUAAAGCAUAUGGACUUUAAAGCAGCAAGAAAAACAGGUAAUGUAUCAUAUCAGAGAUAUCUGUAAGGAAAAAAAAAUAGAGGCAUUUAUUUUAGGAACAAAGUCUGAGACUUAAACUGCAGUGAAACAACUAUCCCCCCGUACGGUUAAAUCUUAAAACAGUGACAUCAAAUAAAUAAGAUAGAAAAUAAAUUCAAGUUAUUCAUCAAUGAGAAUAAUAAUAAUAAAAACAUUCAAAUAAAUAUGUUGGAAUACAACUUUCUAUGACUAAUGAGAACACAUCCCCUGGUGUCUCUUUAUUUUAAUUUAGAUUUCACAUUUUUAAAAAUAUAUAUUUCCCUCAAAUCUGGUGGUUUUUCUUUUGGAUUCAAGUGCUGAACGUUAAAGUUUUUGAAUAAUUCUGCGCUAAACCAUAAGGCUCAAUGGCGGUUGAAGACAGAGAAAUAGUGGGGAUUUUAAAAUCUUGUUGGUCAGACUGGAAGACAUGACAACGCAAACAAAGUCCAGACCGAAGACAUGACAGCACACGUCAAAGACAGGAAGAGUGUGUGGGGAUGGUCCAAAGGUUGGACCGAAUCCCAGAGCUUUAAAUUGAUCAGUGUCGAUGCUUUUUGUCAUCUUAAACUUUAAACCAAACAGUGACAGGAGCUAUCUCACAAACACGACUCUUACCUCGACUCCUCCUUCACUUACAGUAAACAUUUACAAACACAACUCAGUGUUUCAUCUUUCCAUCAUCCACUCUCCGGUCCACUUUUUCCUUUUUGCUCAUCUUUCUCUCUGUCUUUCUUCCUGAACUCUUCUCCAGUCUCACACAGACCUCAGGUAUGAUAAAUAUGAAGGACAAGGUAGAUCAAUAAUCCAUUCACCUGUGGGUAUAUUUGGAUUAGAAUUAAGUAAAAGUAAAAUACAGAGUGCCUUUCUUUAACGCGUGCUGUCACCUCUUGGCUGUCACAUUUUGGUUACAAACAACACAAAUAACAUUGAAAUAACGGAGCAGGAAGGCGAUCUGCUUUCCCUCCUACAUUCAUCAGCCAUUUUUGUUUCUUGAGGUGCCUUUUUUUCAUCAUCUCGGCCCUAAGAAAUAGCUUUUUUUUGUUUUCUAGAAUAAUGUAAUAAUAGAAAAAAGUUAAAUAUAAAACAAAUGAGUAGAACAAUAAAUAAAACAUAUAUACUGUAUAUAUAUCUAUGCAUAUAUAUAUAUAUAUAUAUAUAUAUAUAUAUAUAUAUAUAUACUGCAUAUAUAUAUGUAUGUAUGUAUAUAUAUGUUUAUAUAUAUAUAUA